GGAGGAGGAGGAGGAAGAGCCUUGCCGGAGGAGCGGCGGCGGCGGCGCCAUGGCGGCCCUGGAGCGGCCCGUGCCCAGUCCCGAGGCGUUCCUGGGCCAGCCCUGGGCCGCCUGGGUCCGGGAGGCCGCCCUUCCGCACACGCAUUGCGCCGCCCCCCCGCACAGUAAGGGCGCCCGCCGCGCACAAGGACCGGCCAGGCGGGGCGGCGGGUGGGGUGGGGGGCUGGCGGAGGCGCCCCUCUCCCCGGACACGCACAUGCGAUGCAGCCCAGCGGGGUGGAUGCGAGCGAGCGAGGGAGGGAGCUUGCAUGCCCUGCCGCCUCUUUCCCCCCAGCACACCACCGACCCAAUGCAUUGCACUUGCCUUGCAUUGCACAGACCCCCAUGGCACUGGGGUUUGCUCCCGCCCCCGUCACCCAGUUGCAUGGAGACCCACCCACCCAGCCACCCCCAUCCAUCCAUCCAUCCAUGUGUGCGGGUGGUGCGCUGUGCCCGGCCGGUGCUGUCCUGCUGGGCACCUCCGGCUGCAGGAGAGGAGGAAGAUGCUGUCUGGGUGGCUGGCUGUCAGAGGGACGGGGGGAGGGGCAGGAGAAUGCCGUUGCAUUUGGGGAGGGGGUUGGGGGGGCGAUCUGGGCCAGGGUGCUGCUGCGUGAGGGCUGGGUGCGGAAUGAGGAGGCAGGAAGGAUGCUUGUUGCCUGGCUGAAGGCUGCCCGGGGGAUGCUCCUGCCUGGCAGAUGCAGCGAUUGUUGCAUCUUGCCUUUUUGCAGCCGCUGGCUAGCGGAGCACCCUUUAACUCUUUAGCGCUCUCUUCGGAUAUAGCGGCCUCUGCCUCUGCUCUCCCUUGACUUUUGCUUCUCUUCUGCAGGUAUAGAGCUAGAAGAUGCUGGAAAAGAGGGUGGAAAAAGCAGGGAGGUGAUGAGGCUUAAUAAAGAAGGUAAGGAAGGGGCCAGGGGUCUGACCAUAUGUUAUUGUACCUUGCUCUCCGCGUGGCUCUGGUUAGAGAGCUCAGGGGUUUUUUGUUUUUGUUUUGCCAAGUAUGGCUGGGGCGUCACAACCAUGUGGAUCCUAUUGAAUCUAACCACAAACAAGGCUUACUGGGCCUAUGUGUUGAGAUAGUUCCAUGUAUGAAUAUUCAGUACUUGCAUGGUUCUCUUCAGCUUUUGUUUUAUAAGGAAAUGGCUAUCCCAUUGUUAAUUUGAGACAGUGCUGUGUUUUAAAUAUGCAAGUAAGUACACACUUAUAUCUGCUCAUCUGCGUCCAGGCUAGUCAGCUUUUAAUUUUCUUUUUACUAACUUAUUCUGUAGCUGAAAAGGCAACAGCUGAAUCAAACAGUCACAUAGUUUUACUUUUAGUGUUGCUGAAAACAGGUCUGUCAUAAUAACCAGAUGUUGGAUCAAUGUUCAACAUAAGCUUUGAUUUUCAUGAUGAUAAAGCUGUUGGUGCACAGAGGUGCAGUGCAUAGUGAGUAUUUAAGUUUUGGGCAACUUUUCAAACUAAAUGAGCAUUUUUGACAUUUGUAAAGAAGCAUACAUAAAUUGUAAUUCAGAGAAUUGUUAAUAUGGCACCAGGUUUGUGAGCAUGUGUGCAACUUACGAGUGAGUGAAGUUGGCAAACAAGCCUAUACUUUCUAUCAAGGAAGAACUAAUGACUGCAGACAGUUCCUAUUGACAGAUUUGUUUUGUAAUGUGAUCCAUAGACUUAUCAGCAAGCAUUUGUCAGAUUUUAUGUACAUUGAAGAAGCUGCGUGGGUUCAUGAUGGCAUGAGCAAGGGUUUGACACACUCUUUUAGCAGAACUGAAACUAACUAGUGUGUAUGUUGUAGAAAAGCACUGUAUUUUUGGAACUUGAUAGGACAAGCUAAUGGCUAGAUCCUGUUAACUAAUGUGCUGAGACAAUACUUCAUCAAGAUCAGGCAUGUAGAUUCCAGGACCAUUGAAGGUGGAUAGCUCAUUCUGCCAUGAUGGUGCAGGUGCCGAACUCUGGCCCAAGCACAGAAGCAGGAUGAGCCACGGGUUGCUCCUUUUCCACUCUACUGAGCUGUGCAAGGGCUAUUUGUUUUAAGUGGACGUGUGGGAAUGAGUGAGAAUAAGCUUUUUAAGUGGCACCUGUCAGCAUAUUCUUAAGUGUUUUUACUCAAAGGUAAAGCUAUAAAUCUAAUUGUGCCUACUCAAAAGCAAGUCCUCUUGAAUUUAGUGGGGAUUCCUGUCAGGUAAAUGCAUGUAAGGAUUAUAAUCUUAGUUCUGUUGAUGGUGUCCAUACGAUGACAUUCUAAGGGUACAUUUCUAUUAGCACUUAACUGGGAGUCAGCCCCAUUAAAUAUUGUGAGGCUUACAUUCCCAGGCUUGCACACCGCGUGCCAUUUAUCUGCCCUGAAGCCAAGAACAGUAAAUUAACUCUAUUACACCCUUUUGAGUUUUUGUGGUAUUAAGAGGUUUUCGGAAGGGGCAGCAAUGCUCCACCAGCAGAUUAGGAUAUAUAAUUAUUUACCUUGAAAGAAAAAUUCAACUCUAAGAAUAGAUACAUCAGCUUCUAAUAAAUCUUAACACAAGUCUAGGACCAAUAUUAUUAAUUAUUUUCAGUAUCACAAGCAUACGUUUGGGGAAUAGUUAGGGUUUUAUAACAUUUUGUAAUAUUGCUGUUGCCAGGAUAUAUCAUAAAUUCAAAUUAAUCCCCCUCCCAAUUUAUAUCAGACUGAGCUGAAAAUUCUCUCACGAUAACUGCCUCCAGAUGUACCUCAGAAAAUUCCGUUGUAGAACCACCUGGUCCAUAGUGUGGUCCAUAGGAGGACACUUGAACUGUAGUAUAAACGUUGCAGGCUAAAAAUGUUCUCCAAUUUUUAAAAUAGUGUUAAAUAUGUCUCCUUGUUCAAGUCCUCACAUAUUUUAACUGAACUUAUUUCCCAGGAAGUGUGCUGUGCGGUUGCUUUGAAUUUCUUGAUGACCCUGAAUAUGAAGAUUAAUGUAAUAUUUCGAUAACUGAGAUAAUACAGUAGAAGGGAAGACCGAGAACUUAGUGGAUGAAUGUAUUUUGCACUAGUUUGUAUAUAGACAGGGUCAUUGAGCUUGCCGCAAUUUCAGCUCCUGUAUGACGUGGGUCUUUAAAAACAGUAGUGUUUUUUUAUAUUUGUUGUAGGGUUCAUUCAAGAUGCGCUACUUCCUGAAGCAGCUUUUCUGCAUGAAUCUAGUGAACUGAGAGGUACGCCCCAGGGAUAUUCCUUGACAUUGCAAAAGCCCUUGGAUCACAUUCUGCUGUAAUGGCUCCCCUAAAAACAUUGUUGCUUCUGCGAUGAAACUGGCCCCUCCAUAGUUAUUUCUUAGGGAGGUGGAAACUUUAUGCUUUUAAAACACAGUGCAAUUACUAAAUUCAAAUUAAACCUGUUAUGAUGUAAACAUAACAUAUUAAAAGUUUACUUUUAGCUGUAGUAUAUUCCUAGCUUAUUUUAGGCACCCCCUUUGUUGGGCCUAAACUGAAAAGUUUCCUUUCUCCACAAUAUAAUCUGCUGCAACCUGUAGGCUCUCGUUUUCAUUGUUUGUAACUGAUGGCAGCUUUUUGAAAAGGGGUUGUGGUUGUUGUUUGCUUAAAUGUUGAUUCUUGAUUUAGUACCUGAAUAGUUUAGCCAAGGAAUCUAUGUGAGAAUGAAAAGUGUUUGGCUGGCAAAGUUCUGUUGCUGGGAUCCCCCAACACCAAUGUUAAGCAUUUAUCCUGUGUGUGAGAGCAGAGUAGUGCCAUGUUUUCUGAUACCGUCAUAGCUGUUGAUGUACCUCAUUGUCGGCAUUUGCCUCCUAAAGUAACAUGCCUUCAGGCUGAGCCGUUGAAUGGCGUGCGUGAAGGUCCAGUUGUCAAAAUGAGCUUUGGUUAUACUUGUUGUUUGGUUGGAGAAUAACUUUAAUCUACAGUAUUGGAUAAGUGAGGCUUUCAAAUUGAGAACUACUCUUUGUACUCUCUGUGGUUUAGACCACAGCACCACCCACAUCCCUUUUUGUACUCUCUUAACGUCUACCAUUGUGGCACUAGGCUCUCUCGGCAUCAGAAGGGUAGCAGAAGACUGCCUAGACACAGCUAGAAAUACUACCGGGAUGGGUGGGCAACUUCGCUUGGCUAUCUUGCAGUUUAUCUCGCAGCUUACUGUAAUAUCAGUUUCUGGGGGUCAGGUCCCCAGAUCCCAGAACAGCACCAGAUGCUGUCCAUUUGACAUCUUGAUCUUACGGCGAUAUUAAGCAGCUAUAAAGUGCUUUUAGAGCACACUUCACGUCAGUUCUCAGCGAACUGAGGAUUUCAUUUUAUUAUGGAUAUCUUCAUUUGGCAAGUGGUAGGAUGCUGAGAAAUACUGCCUUCACUUGAACUAGGGACCUACUGGCUUACAUUCUUGGGCUGCGGUCUGGUGCACAUUUAUUUGAACACAGUGGGAUUUAAUUAUGAGUAAACAUGCACAGGACUUCCUCAUCAGCUGUCUUUCAUCAUUAGCUAUUUUUCACUGUCUGGGGUAACAAACCCAUUUCGAAGGUGGCAGGGAGUACAGUGGUACCUUGGUUUACAACCAUAACCCGUUCCGGAGGUCUGUUUGUAAACCAAAACAGGUUGUAACCCAAGGCACGCUUUUGCCAAUGGGGCCUCAAAAAAAAAAAAAUGUUCAUAAUCCAAAAAAAAUGGGUUGUAAUCCAAAAAAAGUUUGCAAACAGGGACACACACUUGACGUGUUUGUAAUCCAAAACGUAUGCAAACCAGACUGUUUGCAAAACAAGGUUCCACUAUAUUUUGUGUAGUCCCUUCUGCUCAGGAGCAAUGCUGUGCUGCCACUUAGUGAGGCAGGGUAAGGCAGGUGGUGGGGUGAAACUGGGGCUCUGCGAGCACACUGGCAGAGCCAGUCCAGUACUCACACCUGCGCAGCCUCAACCUUGCAGCCAUACUGCCCCACCCCUGCCCUACUAAGUGGUAGUGGUUAUUCUGUUGGUUGGGAGGAUCGCGGAAUAAUGCCUCCUGCUCUUGCUUCUUCUUGCACACUGAUGUUAUCACACACCACAAGGGACACUGCCUGUCAGUCUUAGAGCUCAGAGUUCUGACUUGGUAGCAAAUGUGUGAGGUCCAUGGGGCUUGGCUGUCAGCACUGGCGGAGGAAGAGGAGUGUGGGGGGAGCUGUCCCCCCACCCGCUUUGGCGCCACGCCCCCAGGACACACACCACGCCCUUGUGGGCGGCUCGCAAUGCCCCCGAGACACACGCCUGAAGCUCCGCCACUGGCUGUCAGUACAGUCUAGGGAGCAAGGAUGGCUGGUUUGCGCAGUUCUGCUUUAGUAAAGAGUUGCUCUGGUUAGAAUUAUACCGCAAACAGGUUAUAUAUAAUAGUCCUUUCAAAAUAUCUAUUUAAGACAUUUACAUACCACUUAGUUAUUUGCAUUUCUGAGUGGUGCAUAUAAAAACAAUCCACGGAAAAUGGGACAAUAAAACAACACCCAAAUUAUAAAAUGGAAGUAGUAUCUUGACUGGGUGUUGUUGUUUUUUAAGCAGACCAUGUGCUUGAAUAUAUUGUAGUAAAAAUAUGUUGUUGCACAACAUUGAAAUGUAUUAUAAUAAUUUAAAUAUUAAAUGUUUUUCUUGCAUUAGAGAAUCUAGAGCCUUGUUCUUUUGAGAAAUAAAGCUUGGGGAAUAGAGACCUCAUCCCAAGAGCACUGUGUGCUUAAGUCUCUUUGAUACAAAUGUAAUCUGUGCACAGAAUUUACUUGUUUCGGUGCCAUAGCAUGCAUUGCCCAUGCAAUCUCUUCAAACCACCCAGUGGUUGAAAAACAGUUUGUACAGAAUCUGACUGGCUAAUAUGUGGAAAUAACUCUGUGUGUGUGUGUGUGUGUGUGUGUGUGUGUGUGUAAGUGAUCUACUCACAUAAGCAGUGUCAUGGUGGAGGAACUAUGGCUCCUGAAAGAUUACAGUAGCUACUUCAUUGAAAAGCAACUCCCUGUUUCUUGCACAUCUGCUCCCGGGAAGAAGCCGCUAUGUACCUUCUGUAAGUGCCACUUCCGAUGUUAACACUAUUCACAUGAGUAUACCGCCUGCAUGAGCAGCUUUUGCAGUCAGUUGCAAUGCGGAAAAAAGUGAUACUUGGCAUGUAUCUUUGAAAUGUUCAAAAUAGUACGAAGGCUCAGUGGUUGGGAGAGCUUUGCAUACAGUUGUUCACAGGUUCGUUCCCUGGCACCUUUAGGUAGGGCUGGGAGAGAUCAUGCCUUAAAUCAUGUCAGUGGUCCAGUUCACAUGUACCACUAAGCCAAACCAUGGCUAAGCAUGAACACACGCACUGUAGUUACAGUAAAAAAUUGCAGCUGCUUUGCUGCUCCCUCCUUGUCUUGUUACCUGGAGCUAAGCCGUAGUUUGGCUUAGCAUUACCUGCAAACUGAGCCAUCACAGACGGUACUGACCAAGAAGGCACAGUGAUCUUUGUGUAAGGGAACUUUUAGUGUUUUUGUAGUACAGGCAAUCCUUGUUUGGUGAAGGGAUUCUGUUCCAGAACUUUGCGCUUGUAAGUCUGCUCCAUCCCUUUUCAUGACGUCUUUAUGACGUUUUGGGGCUACUUCCGAGUUCUGAGCUGUGCGCAUGUGUGUGAUCGUGCGUCAUUCGGAGUUGCCUGUAAUCCUUACAGUGUUCUCUUAGGUCACCUCCAGAUGACCCACUUAUUGAACAUUUCAUACUGAUUUGUUUGCACAAGGUUUGUGGGGAGGUUAGAUGAUGUUGGCUAUUUAUUGAGUAUUUGUUCUGAUUUGUUUUCAGAGAGGUUAGACAAUGUUAUGUCAAGUAAGUGUUAUCUCCCACUUUCCAAUGCUUUUCCCUGUCACUUUUCUUACAGCAAAAAGUCCAGUGAGCUGGUGGUGGCUACAGACGGAUUUGUUCUGCAAGAACACUGAAUCAACUUUAAUCAUGUAACCUGAAUUUCUAGGUGUGAUUGAAUCCCACCUGAAAACGGCAGCAGUCUGGAAGCGCCCUUAUAAAUCAUUAUAAUCAUGUUAGGUCUGUCAGUAUUAUUCCUAUAUUUUAGAUGAUGGGGUGGAGGCUGAAAACGAUGACUUGUUGUCUAGGGUUGCCUUCACAAGUUUCAGGAGUGGGUUCUGUCCCAUCCCUUAGCCAUUAUGCCACACAACGGUGUGAGAGCCAGUGUGGUGUAGUGGUUAAGAGUGGUAGUCACGUGAUCUGGGGAACCGGGUUCGCGUCUCCGCUCCUCCACAUGCAGCUGCUGGGUGACCUUGGGCCAGUCACACUUCUCUGAAGUCUCUCAGCCCCACUCACCGCAUAGAGUGUUUGUUGUGGGGGAGGAAGGGAAAGGAGAAUGUUAGCCGCUUUGAGACUCCUGAAGGGGAGUGAAAGGCAGGAUAUCAAAUCCAAACUCUUCUUCUUCUUCUUCUUCUGAAUCAACUCUUACAUUGUGGUGUUUUGCAGCGAUACUUUUAUUAAGUGCAUAUGGAGUAGAUGCUUGUGGGUUGUUGUUGUUUUUAGUUGUUAGGGGAUUUGAUCAUGAAUGAAAAGAAAUCUUUCUCACCUAGGUGAUUCUUUGGAAUGAAGCUUACCAAUACGAGGAAACCUUGCAUAUGCGUCAUAGUGUAAGGCAGGGUAGUGGUGAUAUGAUUUAGGAUUAGUGUUAGGGUUAGCUGUGCAUUUGCUGUAUUUGUAGCACUUCACUUGAGAAAUUCUUUUGACUCGGCGCCGAUAUUGUUACUGAACCUCUGUGUCUGGAGUGGCAGAAACUGGCUCGUUGGCUUUGAUGCUGUGAGUGGGGGAACCAAAUAGGCGUCUCCUGCUGGCUUCUUCAAGGCUGGAAGAGCUUGAUUGAUCUUUGUAAAACAUCUUGAAAAAGAAGAAAGUAGUUCAGAUCUGUGUUGGAGGGAAGCUUCUAAUGUAUUUUUUCAGCAUGUUGCAUGUCAUUUAUUGGGGGACCGAGAUCUCCCAAGAUCAACCUGGCCCUUAUAAUAUGCAAGUACACUGUGUGAAUAAAUUCUCAUUAUUUGAAGUUUGAGGCUGAGGCUGUCUCCUUUCCCUAAUAGUCUUGAGCAGAAUAAUUGCUCUUUGUCGUUCCCUUUUUCUUGAACAAUACUAUUUCAUCUGCUACUUUAAGAAAAUUUAGGUUUUCCCUGUUGCAGAGUAUUGGUUGGUUUGCACAUAGCGCAAAUCAUGGCUAAGUGUGAAUGUGUGAGAUUAUUAUAAAAUAAAAUACGCAAAAGAAAGAUUAUUAUAGCACCAUGUAAGAAACCAGAACACUGAUCUCCAGUGCAACAAAUGCAAACUAUAGAUUACUCUGUAGUGACUCAUUAAAAUUUGGCAUGUUAAAACUCAGGCCUCCCUAUUACUUACUGUGUUCACUAUGCAUCUGUUGAGAUAGAUGUUGCAUAGUUGGCCAAUGGGCAAGAUAAAGGAAGACAGAAGGCAGGGGCUCUUUCCUAGGCCUUUGGUUGAAAUUUUCAUUCAGCAAUGAAGGAUGUGGGAGAGAGAAUGGAUGAAUCCUCGUGCUUGCAGUAAAAAAUUCUUAUGCUUGAAGUUAGAACCCUGAAAAUUUCCGGAGAACAAAGAGAUAUCCAGGACAUGUUGAGCCUUUUAGGCACUUCUGUCUUACAUUGUUAACUUUGAGCAAAACAAAUUAGACUCUCACGUAAACAGCUAGUGUAUCUUAACUCUCCUGCGCCAUUUCUGCAGAAUAACUCAUGGUUAUUCCCUUCCCAUCCCAACUGAAGAACAUGUAGCUUCUUUGGCAGACUUGAAACGUGUCCUUCUGAAUGUGAAAUUGUAUUCUAUAAAGCAGGAGUGGGAAACCUGUGGCCCUCCAAAUGUUGCGUCCCCAACUUACAUUACCCCCAGCCAGCAUGGUCAAUCAAUUGGGAUCAUGGGAGUUGUAGUCCAGCAGUGUCUGGAGGACCACAGGUUCACUAUUGCUUAUGGAAGACAAAUGUGGAGAGAAAUUCCAUCAAAUACAAAUUCCGCCUGUACUAAUUAAACCAUUAGUGUUGUUGUCGUUGUUGUCGUCAGUGAAGCCUAACAUUUAGGUAUGAAGGCACACUAUUUGAAAGUUAGUGAUAGAGGGAGGAAAAUACUUUUUAAGGUUCCAUGCUCAUUGAACACUUUGGUUCAGUUCACAAGCUUUUACUUUGUCCAUCUUGAGCAAAACUUUAAUAAGACAGAAUAUGUUGGAUUUCUUUUACAGCGAGAAAAUUCAGUUUAUCUUCAUAUGUUGCUGCCUUCCAGUGGAACUUAUUUUAAUUUUGUUGCUUUUGAGACAAAAUUCAUUCCAGGUCUCAUUUAUGACGUACGAUUGUUUUACCUAUAAGGCGUGCGGUUUUUUACAUACAGGUGUUUUACCUAUAUGGCAUAUGAUUGUUUUACCUAUAAGGUUGAUGAUCACAUAGUUGGAAAUAGAUUUCAGUGGAAGGACACAAAGCAUGGUGAAGCAUUGCCCUAUUGCCACAGAAUAGCCUAUCGGUUACUAAAUGAUUAGUACAAUACCCUGGACCACUCUGAAAGUAAAGUCUGAAAUAUUGCAUGUGGCUGCUGUUGGUUACUGCUAUUCCUUGCAGCCUUUACAGGUGUAUGGGGUGUUGUGAGAGGGGUAGUACCUCUGGUAGAGGACAGGUUGUGCUUCUUCUGGGGUAUUUCAUCCACCUUUGGUCCCUACCCUGUGCUCAGCUCUCACCUGUAGCUCCUAGAAGCUCAUUCGACAGCAUUGUACCCUGGGAACGGCUUCUACUAGCUGGAUAAACCAGAUGAAGCUAGCUGAUAGGUCUCAAACCCUCGGUGAGUUAGGGAUUUGCCCUGCAUGCGGAGUCAAACUCCAGUGGAUCGCUUGGACAAGACCAGUAGUGGGUCCAAUGGUCAAGGGGCUAGUUUCUGUACGUGCUGUAGCAGGAAGUGAGGGGCAGAUGAGGCAUGUCAACCUGGGAAGGUAGCCCAUCUAGGAAAAGGAAUGUCCUCUGGGAAUGCAACACAUUCACUCUUGAUUCUCCUGUUCAAAUUAUAAGAUGGGUGAUGUCAUGUCCAAAUAUGCUGCUGAUGACCCAGCUGUGUAUCUCAUGGCCUGACGUAAUAUCUCUGCGUGGAUACAUUAAUUUUCCUUGUACAAACUCGGCAUGUGGAAGACAGAGGAAGUGAUAAUUGGGAGAGGGUGAUGACACGAGCCUUUUCCUUCCCGCUUUGGUGCACAGUGGAGGCAGGAAAUGGAUAAUUAAUUUGGCCAUAUCUUUAAUGCAGAAGCUUGGUUAUCAGCAAGACAUGAACUUUUUCUUCCCUUGGUACUGUUUGCAUAAGCUUUACCCAUAUGUUUAUCAGGCUGCCUCUGGCAUAGCUUUCCAUGGCAUAGACUGCUCUGGCACCUUGCUUUUUCAGUCUUAUGUGGGCUUCCAGUAGCGUUUGCUUAUCACGCGCAACUUGUUCUGGACCUAUCUCCGUGGCUGCUUUUGCCCGCCUAGGCAACUCGGUGUAGCAAUGGUAGUUGCUGUUUUUGUAUGUUCUCUGGAAGUUCCAGCUGUUACAGUGACUAGACUGCUGGCAGUGUGUGGGCAGACGGCUGACGGCAUGUGGCACUUCUGCAAGAACAUUUACAUUGGCUGCCCAUAUGCUGCCAGGCCAGUUUCAGGUUAUUCCCCGUCUUAGCUUCAGCCGGAAGUUGGGCAUUAACCUUUUAGCAGAGAUUCAGCAGGCAUCCUUGGUUUUCACUUCCAGGCAUCUCUUGAAUAGGUUUCUGUGCCGAUAGGCCUUUUGAUUUUUGAUUUUUAUUGUUAUUCAUGUUUUUAUACUAUAUUUUAUGCUGCUUUUAUAAUUAAGUGUUUUAAAGUGUUUUAAAUUUGUUGUUAGCCUCCCUGUGCCCGGUUUUUGAACCAGGAAGGGUGGGGUAUAAAUAAAAAUUAUUAUUAUUAUUAUUAUUAUUAUUAUUAUUAUUAUUAUUAUUUGCAGCGCUUUAAUUAGCUAGUUACUUUAAUUCGCAUUGUUUUUAUGUUUUAUUGUUGUUCCCUUCCCCAAUAUCUUACAGUAUGGUGGCACAGAAAUACUUUUAUAAAUAGACAAGUAUAUAUGGCAUUUCACAAAGAAGAAGUUGACAGGUUUGUACUCUAAGGGGCCUGCAGUCUGACACAAAGAAAACGGGGAGGGAAUCAAGUGGGAAAAUAAUACAGGAUGAACUUCGGUUUUGCAUGUUUCAUCUUUUUUACAGUAGGGUUUUGAAACAAGGGGCAUAAGUUGAGUUUGAAGUAAGUAAGGCUGAGUUUGAAGAGAGAAAGGCCAGAGUUUGCAUCAGCUGCUUGCAGUGUAGUGGAUUGAAUAUAAAAUAGCACAACCAUUUCAGGCCUCUGGAAUGGGAUAGUGUAUUGUGUUCUACAGUUAUCCCCUGGUAUUUGUCUGGCUUGGAUGCUGCUGGUUGUUUGGGGAUCCUGAAAUCACACCGUCCCUUGGUGUUGGACCAUUAGGUCCAGUCGUGACCGACUCUGGGGUUGCGGCGCUCAUCUCGCUUUAUUGGCCGAGGGAGCCGGCGUACAGCUUCCUGGUCGUGUGGCCAGCAUGACUAAGCCACUUCUGGUGAACCAGAGCAGCGCACGGAAAAGCCGUUUACCUUCCCGCCGGAGUGGUACCUAUUUAUCUACUUGCACUUUGACGUGCUUUCAAACUGCUAGGUUGGCAGGAGCAGGGACAGAGCAAUGGGAGCUCACCCCGUCGUGGGGAUUCGAACCGCCGACCUUCUGAUCGGCAAGUCCUAGGCUCUGUGGUUUAACCCACAGCGCCACCCGCAUCCCCUUAACCCGAGGUACCACUGUACUUAAGGCUCAUUUUUCUCAGUGCAGCUGUCAUGUGAACCAGAUCCUAGAAUGUUUUGUUUCAUGUUCCCACCAAACAACUCUUGACAACAGCUUGGCAGCAGCAUGAAACCAAACUGUGUGGUAGAAGGCCAUCGCGGUGGCAAGCUCACUGCUUGGAGCAACUGUGGCCCACAGAGGUUUCCUGAAUGCAGUCCUCACAUGGCAGCUUUAUCUUGUAAAACAGCCAUAGCAGGCAUGAUGAUUUUCAUUUGUUUUAGCUAUAAUUGCAUGGAAGGCUGCAGCACAUAGGUUAAGGUUUAGUUUCUCUUUUCAAAUGGUUGCCUGACGCAGCAAAUUUGGAAAUGUAUUUGUGUUUGUCAGAUGAGCUCAAUAGGUAAUGCUGAUAGGGUAGCAGCUUAAUUAGUAGAAUCAUAGAAUUGUAGAGUUGGAAGGGACCCGAGGGUCAUCUAGUCCAACCCCCUGCUAUGAAAAAUCUUAACCAAAGCAUCUGUGACAGAUAGCCACCCAACCUCUGCUUAAAAAGCAAUGAAAGAGAGUUUACCACCUUCAAAUGGAGCCUGUUUCACUGUUGGAACGGGUAUUACUGUUAGAAAGUUCUUCCCCAUGUUUAGUCGGAAUCUCCUUUUUUGUAGCUUGAAUCCAUUGAUCCUACCCUCCAGAGCAGGAGAAAACAAGCUUGCUCUAUCUUUCAUGUGAUAGCCCUUUAAAUAUUUGACCAUCAUAUCUCUUUGCCAGGCUAAACAUACACAGAUCCCUCAACUGUUCCUCAUAAGGCUUUGUUUCCACACCCUUGAUCACCUUGGUCACCCUCCUCUGCACAUGUUCCAACCAAAUUCAGUGAAGCUUUCUUGCAGGUGGGGUUAGGAUUGCACAUCUGAGCAGCUAUGGUUAGAAAUUAGAUAGGCAUGGAUUUCGUAGGUCUGUUGAUGUUACAGUCCCACCUUUGCCACAGAUUCACUGGAAGGACUUGAGCAAGUUACAGUUGUACCUUGGUUUUCAAACAGCUUAGUUCUCAAACGUUUUGGCUCCUGGAUGUCACAAAACCUGGAAGUGACUGUUCUGGCUUGCCAACUAUUUUUGGAAGCCGAACGUCUGAUGGGGCUCCCGCGGCUUCAAUCAGAAGUCGUUCUUUGGUUUUCAUACAUUCUGGAAGUCGAACAGACUUCCAGAACGGAUUCCGUCUGACUUCCAAGGUACGACUGUAUUCCCUUGCAAAUCAGUAAAAUGGUGCCAAUUCAGGUGUGUGUGUCUUUCACAUACACUUCACUAUUUCACCUGUAAAGCACAGUAUUAAAUGUUAACCCUUGCGCUGAAGCAAAACCAGAGAGCAUCUGCUUUGGCCCAUAUCAAUCUACUUUUGAAGAUAGUUAUGAUGACAAAACACAUCAUAAGGCUGCAAUCCUAUGCACACUUGUCUGGGAUAUGUCCCGUUAAACUUAGUGGCGCUUUCAUCUAUGUAGACAAGCAAAGGGUUCUCCUGUAAGACUGUAAAUAAGUACUUUGCAGACUUAAAACCAUAAUAGUAACUUUUGAACAUUUCUGUUUGUCACUUCAUCACUUCUUUGGAAAGAAAAUAGUAAAAAUUCCAUUAAAACCUAAGUCUUAACAACCACCGCCAUCAUGCUUGUCGGAGAUAAUAUGAGGACAAGUCGACUACUAAUCCAGAACAAAAUGAUCUCCACGUUCCUCAACAGAUUGCCAGUUUUGAUGUAGCUGAAAAACCCUGCCUGUUUCUUAUGGCUUUGUAAUAUCCCAAACUGAAAACAUUCGCUUUACUCUUGCCUAAGCAGCUAAACGCUAAUGAAUAACAUUUGCACUAAUAGUUCUAAGAUUUAUGUAAAUUACCAGGGUCUCCCUUAACUGAGGGAUUCCAUUCUGUGUCACAGAAGCCUAUUUUUUUCAGUCUUAGUUGUUUGGUUGGAGUUGUUAUUGACACAACUGUGGCAGCUGGAGAUGAUGGGAUGAUAGUCGAAAACAUCUGGAAGGGACCAGGUUGAUGGAGGCUGGUGUGGCAGCCUCCCAGUUGUGUUUAUUUCAUGAAUUGGUGCUUCUGAGAUAACACCUUGCGUGGUUUCUCGUAUUUUGCUUUCUUGCGAGAAUUCUGAUGAAUGUGUUUUUAAGCUUUCAAACUGCACCACAACACUUGCUGUGUUGCUUCUUCACUAUGGUUAUCGAUUGUGUCACACUGCAUUUUCACAGAAACUGUAAAAAGAUGCCAUGUAUGAGACUCUGAUUUAUAAUAACUGGUUCCUUGUUAUAUUUUCAUGGUGAAUCUAGUGGAGGAAUGAUGUAUGAACACUGACUUUCUUCCACGAUUUCUCUCCCUUCAUGUGAAUCAAGGUUAGAACUGCUCUGUGUUUCCUUAAAACCUUGAGAGAGGGGCGCAACUUGGGUUAUAGUAAGAAUGUCGGCAUACAGUGGGUUAACAGGUUCCCCUUUGUCUGGCAAAGAGGAGUCUGGUGUUACAAAUGAUGAGUGCCCCAGGGAAAGUAUUGCUUCUUACCACUGCUGUGAAGGGAGAAUUGGCCAUGCCACUAGAAAGAAUGUUUUUGUUUGUUUUAUUCUUUCGGGUUGUUGGGUUUUUUUUGUCACUUUCCAUCUCUUUGCGCUUUGCUAUAAGAUGCUGUUCUACUGAACAGGCUUUGCUGCUGAAACAGAGACAGAAGAACUGCCAGGAUAUGAGAGCUAAUUUAUAUGAGGGAAACAUUUUAAACAAUCCCAGUGAAGAUUCCCAGAAAACUAUAUAAAAUAUUGCUUACCUGAAGUUAUAGUUUGCGUUUUUGAAGGUAACCUUAAUGAGAUUUAUAAAUAUAGGCUGAAGUGGACAAUACUUAAGACAUAACCUGCUGAUUUAAAAAAAUAAAGUAUUACCGUAUUUUUCGCCCCAUAGGACGCACCGGCCCACAGGACGCACCUAGUUUUUUUGGGGGGAAAUAAAGAAAAAAAAAUUAUUUCCCCCCCAGGUGUGGGGCUGGGGCGGGGGAAGCCCGAGCUUCCCCCGACCCCAGCCCCCAGAACAGGCUGCUAUCCGCUAGCCGUGGGAGAGCUGCUCGACUCCGCGCGGCUCUCCCACGGCUAGCGGAGCGCUGCGCAAAGCCCGAAGCUUGCGGCGUGCUGAGUUCAGCGCGCCCCAAGCUUCUGGGUGCCGGCAAGGUCUCCGCUAGCCGUGGGAGAGCCGCGUCUCCCAUGGCUAGCGGAUAGCUUCCUGAAGCCUGGAGAGUGAGAGGGGUCGGUGCGCACCGACCCCCCUCGCUCUCCAGGCUUCAGCGAAAGCCUGCAUUCGCCCCAUAGGAUGCACACACAUUUCCCCUUCAUUUUUGGAGGGGAAAAAGUGCGUCCUAUAGGGCGAAAAAUACGGUAAUUGCUCCCUUUUUUAUAAUAAAAAUAACAACUAAAACUUCCUUAAGGCAAUUUGAAUGUCAUGACAAUAGAAACAACUGGAUAAAUGAAAACAGAAAACAAUGGGAAAAUUUAAAGUGUCUUUAAAGCACAGGAGAAUAAGAAGGUUCUAUUUUUAUGCACAAAUGCAAGUAAUGAGAUAGACACUAGCCCACGGGUAGGCAAACUAAGGCCGGGGGCCGGAUCCAGCCCAGAAGCCUUCUAAAUCUGGCCCACGAAUGGUCCGGGAAUCAGCGUGUUUUUACAUGAGUAGAAUGUGUCCUUUUAUUUAAAAUGCAUUUCUGGGUUAUUUGUGGGGCAUAGGAAUUUUUUUUUAAUUAUUUAAAUAUAGUCCGGCCCCCCACAAGGUCUGAGGGACAGUGGACCGGCCCCCUGCUGAAAAAGUUUGCUGACCCCUGACUAGCCAUUUGCAUGCAGGGACAUGCUAAUACAGAGCAUGUCCUCCAUCCUUGGGUGCUGCUGGUUUUACUUCACUCAGUAAAGGGAUGUGGAGCAAGGCCUCAUCCGGUAGCAUAUAAGGAGUGGAAAGGUUGGCAUAUAUGCUCAUCCCAGGUCCUUUAGGACUUUCAGCUAAAGUUCCUUCGAAACCCCUCAGAUCUGGACCAAUAUCGGUCAGUGUUGAUUUGCCAACCCUGCAGUGGUUGGCGGUCCUUGGGGGUCUCAAAUUUCAGUGAUGCCUAAAAAAAAAAUUGCCCCUGCCUCUGACGCAGCAUUCUAAAUCAUAUUUGUGGUGUCCUCUGCAGUGCCUGCGAGGCUCUGCACCCAACAUAACCAAACAGUUUAAAGGUAAAGGUAAAGGGACCCCUGACCAUUAGGUCCAGUCAUGACUGACUCUGGGGUUGCGGCGCUCAUCUCGCUUUAUUGGCCGAGGAAGCCAGCGUACAGCUUCCGGGUCAUGUGGCAGCAUGACUAAGCCGCUUCUGGCAAACUAGAGCAGCACACGGAAACACCAUUUACCUUCCCGCCGGAGCAAUACCUAUUUAUCUACUUGCGCUGGCGUGCUCUCGAACUGCUAGGUUGGCAGGAGCUGGGACCGAACAACGGGAGCUCACCCCGUCGCAGGGAUUUGAACCGCCGACCUUCUGAUCGGCAUGUCCUAGGCUCUGUGGUUUAACCCACGCGCCCCUAAAUCUGACUGCCUGCGGCCAGUUCCCGGUGCUAAAUGCACAGGUGAAUUCUGCUGUAGCUGCAGCUUCCAGACAGAACAUUGUACAGUAGCCAGCAAGAUCAGGGGCUCCCAAACUGUGGUCUUUGGUUGAGUUUCAUUCAGGUGAUCUGUGACAUGCGGGUUGGUUUGUGGCUGUAGAUAGUAGACAGCACAUCUUACAAGCAUUGUAAUUCCACAGAAUUCAAGAUGUAAUUGCUAGGACAGGCAGAAAAAUCAUAAAGCAGUCCACCAAGCCAUUUUCAAGUGGUUCGUGGUCUUGGUGGGGAAGUAGGAACCACCGAGCUUAGAUAGCCUACUUCUCUAUUUAUUGUUAUGAUAUAGUCUGAGAAUGAUUUAAUUCCCCCCCCCCCCCGCUUUCUUUUAGGAAAGGAAUGAAUUUUUAAUUCUAUUCAUUUAAUUCUAUUCAUUUCUGCAUUUGUGAUCACACUUUCUACAAGGUGCUGUGGAGACAGGUUAAUGCUAAUAAGGUUAUACAGUAACUACAGCAGCUAUUUUAUAGGACAUAGCAGGACUCUUAGUGUCUAUGUUUCUCUCUUUCUUUCUCUCUCUCUGACUACUGUGUAGAAGAGAACACAAAGCUACUUACUUGCAGUCUGGUAUUCUUGGUGUGCUACACCCGUGUACAUCAGGUUGCUAGUACAGUGGAUUCUCGGGUUGCGAACCUGAUACGUGCGGGAGGCACGGUUGCAACCCACAGUGCCACGUCUGCGCAUGCGCGGGUUGCGAUUUGGCGCUUCUGCGCAUGCGCGACCGCCGAAACCUGGAAGUAACCCGUUCUGGUACUUCCGGGUUUUGGUGCGUCCGUAACCCGAAAAAACGCAACCUGAAGUGUCUGUAACCUGAGGUGUGACUGUAUUGUUGUUAAUUACAUUUGUAUAGUGUCCUUCAUCCGAAGAACACAGAGUGGUUCGCAGAAUAAAAAUACAAAAUGAGAACACAAAAUACCGUGUUUUUUGCUCUAUAAGACUCACUUUUUCCCUACUAAAAAGUAAGGGGAAAUGUGUGUGCGUCUUAUGGAGCGAAUGCAGGCUGCGCAGCUAUCACAGAAGCCAGAACAGCAAGAGGGGUUGCUGCUUUCACUGCGCAGCGAUCCCUCUUGCUGUUCUGGCUUCUGAGAUUCAGAAUAUUUUUUUUCUUGUUUUCCUCCUCCAAAAACUAGGCGCGUCUUGUGGUCUGGUGCAUCUUAUAGAGCGAAAAAUACGGUACAUAAUAAAACAAAAACCAACCAAUAACCACCCCCUCCCACAAGCACAUUUAAAAAGCCGUAGAAUGUUAAUAACCCAAAGGCCUGGUUUUAGAAAAAUGUUUUCGCCUGGCGCCUAAAGAGAUGUAAUGAAGGUGCCAGGUGAGCCUCCUUGGGGAGAGCAUUCCACAAAUGGGGAGCCACUGCAGGAAAGGCCCAUUUUCAUGUUGCCACCCUUCGGACCUCUUGUAGGGGAGGCACGCGGAGAAGGGUCUCCGAUGAUGAUCGCAGGUUGGUGGCAGGCUAAGUGGUUGCUUGGCCCACCCUGCUUAUGGAUUCUCAAAAGAUAUGGCAUUUAUCUUAGGGAGCUGACGUAAUUGUCCAUAAAAACAAAGAUCGAAACUGAAUACCGGCCAACGAUAAUUGGACAUGGAUGUAACAUUACAUCAGUCUGCAGCAGAGGAGGGAGGAGAUGGGAUGCAGGGCCACUCCAUCAGAACAGCUGGGAGGCCAGCAUCUUUUGGUUCCUCCUCUCCUUGAAUCUUUCCAUCCCGGCUGGUAAUUGGAACAACUUGCAAUUAAGAACUGGAACCUGAGUUUGCUUAUUUCCUAGCUCAGUUGGUUAAAGCAUGGUGCUGAUAACGCCAAGGUUGCAGGUUCAAUCCCCAUAAGGGACAGCUGUAUAUUCCUGCAUUGCAGGGGGUUGGACUAGAUCAGUGAUAGCCAAACUUGGCCCUCCAGCUGUUUUGGGGCUACAGUUUCCAUCAUCCCUGACCACUGGUCCUGUUAGCUAGGGAUGAUGGGAGUUGUAGUCCCAAAACAGCUGGAGGGCCAAGUUUGGCCAUACCUGGACUAGAUGAACCUCAGGGUCUCUCCCAACUCUUAUGAUCCAUUUUUCUUUUGCCAUAUCUUUUUAGACUGUAAGCCUGAGGAUAGGGACUUCUUUCUUUCUUUCUUUCUUUCUUUCUUUCUUUCUUUUAAAGUAAAUGUAUUUACUGUAUAGGGUUCAGUCGUUCCCAAUUGAAUCAGAGGUGAACUGGAUCAAAAAGGGGACGAUGUAAAGAAACGUUACUUUCUUCCAUCGGAAACAAGAUUUAUUUGCUGGAGUGGUUGCAACAUUGUUGCAACAUAUUAUUUCCUGAGCCCUGCGACGUGUUGUUUACUCCUCCAUUUUCUCAAUCACUUAAUUUAUAUUCUCCUUUGGACUGCUCCAGAGGCCAUGCCUGCACCACAAGAACUUGUUAUUUAGUGUGGGCGCUGUACAUUUACAUUAGCUUACUUGUCUGUUAGUUUCCUAAACUUCAGAAGCGCCAUAUCUUGGUACAGCAUCUGUUCUACAUGCAGAAGGUUCCAGGUUCGAACCCUGGGCGUAUCCCUGCUUUAGGGUUGCCAUACGUUCAGAUUUCCCCAGACACGUCCAGGAUUCAAACAGCGAAAAUAGCGUCCGGGGGAAUGUUUUAAAAAGGCCAAAAUAUCCGGAGGUUUGGGAGUGCAAAAAGCUGUACCCUGGAAGUGGAAGUGACCAGGCACUCGCCUCUUCAGGUUCUGGAGUUCCCAUAUGCCAGGAAUUCCAAAGUCUCUGGGAAUGCAGUGCUAGGGCUGCGCCGGCAUCGCAAGAGGCCUUUACGCUGCCUUGUCAAAAUCAGGCAUACUUUGGGAAGGUGUCAGAGAAGGUGCUCCUAGUGCACUGGCAAAAGUGUUUGCACGGAAGAGGCCCAGAGCAAGGCUUGGAUGGCUUAAGGUGGUUCUGGAGAUUGUGCAAAAAACCCCAUAAAUAUCUCUUUCCUUACCUGGGCAUGCUAACUCAUGCGAGAGAGAGAGAGAGAGAGAGAGAGAGAAAGAGAGUUACUGCCAUCACAUUGCCAUUCAGUGUAGACCAGCCUUUCUCAGCAUCUGUGGUCCAGAUGUUGGAAUACAAUUUCCAUCAUGGUGGGAGUUGUAUUCCAACAACAUCUGGGCACCCGAGGUUGAGAGAGAGGCUGGGGUAGACAGUGCUGAGCUAUACAGACCAGUGACCUGGCUUUGCAGCUUCGUCUUUUCCUCAACUGCUGUAUAAAAACAAAACUCCUCAGAAAUUAUGUUAAAUCGUGAAUUGCAUCAUAGAUGAGCAGCACAACUUUUUUUUUUUUUAAGUCCUAAUAACAGUGAAAUCGGUGAAAAAGCCUCUGAGAAUUGGGGGGGUGUUCAGCUGUGAUGUACACUGAUUGCAUGUGUGAUCGGGGAGGGUGUUCAUACUUUCUAUUGUACAGACAAUUCAUAACAGAGAACAUCUGCUUUUCAAACAGCCACAGGUUUGACCACAAAAAGUAGCAUACAAAACCAGGUAUUGAGAGUAAGCUGCUGAUUCCUAAUACAGUGGUACCUUGGGUUACAUACGCUUCAGGUUACAUACGCUUCAGGUUACAGACUCCGCUAACCCAGAAAUAUUACCUCGGGUUAAGAACUUUGCUUCAGGAUGAGAACAGAAAUCGUGCUCCAGCGGCGCAGCAGCAGCAGGAGGCCCCAUUAGCUAAAGUGGUGCUUCAGGUUAAGAACAGUUUCAGGUUAAGUACGGACCUCUGGAACGAAUUAAGUACUUAACCUGAGGUACCACUGUACUGACACAGAAUCAUGAUUUAAAAAGAGGAACUUCUGGAAAGUCAUGAGGAAUUAAUGAAGUGGAAAUGCAGGAAUCACUUGUCUUUACUGUUGCAAUAUACAGUUAUUAAUUCACACUUGUGUGUAUGAAAGGGUUAAUCCAGGCAUAGGCAAACUCGACCCUCCAGAUGUUUUGGGACUACAAUUCCAUCAUCUCUGACCACUGGUCCUGUUAGUGGUGUAUGUGUGUAUGAAAGGGUUAAUCCAGGCAUAGGCAAACUCGACCCUCCAGAUGUUUUGGGACUACAAUUCCCACCAUCUCUGACCACUGGUCCUGUUAGAUAGGGAUGAUGGGAGUUGUAGUCCCAAAACAACUGGAGGGCGAAGUUUGCCUAUGCCUGGGUUAAUCUGAGCUCAGGCUGCAAGUGGGUGGCUCUCAGCAGCCUCUGCUCCCCCCUUCUCAUUCUCUUUCUCUUUGUGCUAUCUGGAACAUGCAAGAAGCCAUGUGGGCAGGGCUUCCUGCAAGUAAACUGAAUCUCUGUAAAAGGAGAUUUCACAGCCUGCAUAUUUGCUCAUUCAAAGAUUGCAUUAUCCUUUUUGUAAGAAAACUUUGUACUUUUAUUUUUAAGUUGUUUGGAACCUUUCCCCCCAUCUUUAUCUACGACCAAGUGUCUGUGAUUUAUUCUACCCUAAGUAUUUUCACGGCGAAUAUUUGCUUAAAGUGGAUUUUUGUGGAUGGGGGCAGAUACAAAAUCUAACCAAAUUUAAAUGUGCUCAAAGCAAUUGCUGUUGUGUUUAACGCUGCUACAAGAGAGUAAGAAAUCUCUCUUCCAAACCUCUUUCUCCAACAAUUACCAUGUGAUGUUAAUCCAUUUUGAAAAUUUGCCUGCUCAUCAUGUUAUGGUGCUGACUACCUUUGAGUAUUAUAGCAAAUCGCAGUAUAUAAUAGCAUAAAGUUAUGUAGUCCUUUUUGCUGCUAAAUAAAUAGUUUUGCUAAUGUUUUCAAUGCUUACAUAUCCUUUAACCAAGUUCUUGCUGGGGUAGCAAAUUUGGGUCUUAUGAGAACCACUUUAGACAGUGAGUGAGGGCUCAUUUGUUGGUAUGAAAAAAAAGUUUACACAUAAGGAACCAGUAAGUUAAGCAGAAUGUUUUCCCCUGACAUUCUAGUUUUCCAACUACAGAGAUUCUUAUUUAUUGUAUUCUUUGGAAUGGGGAAGUGUUCAGUUAUGUGAGCCCAGUUGCAGCUUGAAAUUGUUACAGUCCACAGACGAGGUUACUGUCUUGGUGGGAAGCUAAGACUUUUUAGUGAUACACCAAAAAAAUAAAAAAUAAAAAUAGACAGUUAAUCGUCCUGACAACUUAAUUGCUAAACCUUGAUAGGUCCUCCUCUUUUCCAGCUCUCUUUUAAUUAUUUGAGGCUACUAAAGCAAUCUUUUUAAAAUAAUUUUUAUUAAAGGUUUUCUUUGGUUACAGUUGUCUCUAAUUGCUCACCAAAGGCAGCUAAUGGUUCUUUCAACAGCACCAUUUCUGGGCAGAAAGGUUUCUGCUGUUGUGCACCAGUAGUUUAUGUACAGGGUAAGAAACUUGUUAACUUUGAGGGUGAUCACCUGGCUUCAGUGUGCUCUGAAUAAAAGAGUGUUUUCCAAAAAGCCCCUCUUCAAGGUUUGCUGGAUAUUUUGCUAUAAAUGCCAGGAAGCUGGAGCAGGAGAAUAAGAGGGUUAAAAAACUUGAAGGUGUUCCAAGUUUCAUAUGGAUGUAAGAGGGUAACUACAAUCGGCUUAUGGUAUUAAAUGGCGUGAGCAAGGAUUCUUUCUAGGUCUGCAAGGCUGUGGAUAUCCAUCAUGGAUUGUUUGUUUUUGUUUUGAAGAAGGGUUCUUUUGGUGACUGUGGGGCAGAUAAGAGAAAGUUUGUGCUUCUCUGUUGUUUAGUUGUUUAGUCGUGUCCGACUCUUCGUGACCCCAUGGACCAGAGCACGCCAGGCACUCCUGUCUUCCACUGCCUCCCACAGCUUGGUCAAACUCAUGCUGGUAGCUUCGAGAACACUGUCCAACCACCUCGUCCUCUGUCAUCCCCUUCUCAUUGUGCCCUUAAUCUUUCUAGUACAGUAGUACCUCUGGUUGCAAACGGGAUCCAUUCCACAGGCCCAUUCACAACAUGAGCAGAAUGCAACCCGCAGCGGCGCGUCUGCGCACGCGUGAGUUGCAAUUCGCCGCUUCUGUGCAUGCGUGUGAUGUCAUUUUGCGCGUCUGCGCAUGCAUGAGCGGCGAAACCCGGAAGUAACCCUUUCCGGUACUUCCGGGUCGCUGUGGGACGUAUCCUGAAAGAACAUAACAUGAAGCGGACAUAACAUGAGGUAUGACUGUAUGUUGUGAUGUCUCUCUUAAAGCUGGGGGUGGGGGUAGCUACAGCAACUGAUACAGUGGUACCUCUGGUUACAUACUUAAUUUGUUCCGGAGGUCUGUUCUUAACCCGAAACCGUUCUUUUUUUUUUUUUUAUAAGAUAUUUAUUAAGAUUUUCAAAGUAUUACAAAAUAAAAAUAAAAAAAGAAGAAAAUACAAAAUAAAAAUGGUUAAAAACAACUCAAUCUUUCCAUUACUUAUUUUUCAUUAGCUUGUUUCCCGGACCUCCUCACGCCUCCCUUUUUGUAUUCCAGUUCGGUUUGUUGGUUCAGCAAAUCCUUACCCUCUUUGUUUAUCCUAGUCUUUAAUCUUAAAAUAUUGUAACGUUAAAUUUUUACCUAUUAAUAAUCCAUUUUCAUAUUCCACUUAUAGUAUUACAGCUGAAAACCACUUAAUUUCUAUCCAACAUCAUUCUAACAUUCAUUAAUUUUACAAUAUUUCUGUAGAUAGUCUUUAAAUUUCUUCCAAUCUUCUUCCACCGACUCUUCUCCCUGGUCUCGGAUUCUGCCAGUCAUUUCCGCCAGUUCCAUAUAGUCCAUCACCUUCAUCUGCCAUUCUUCCAGAGUGGGUAGGUCUUGUGUCUUCCAAUAGGUCAGGCGCAGGGUAACAGGCAGGUAGAAGCAAUGUUGCUCCCGCAACCUGGGGCGGGGUCCGGCAGUCUUUUAUCUCUGUUGGGGUAACGGCUGGUCCUGACCCCCGGCGACUCACCUCCCUGUCUCGCCCGAAGGCGAGCACUCCUCCUGUGAGUACUCAGGUCUCUCCUUCUCUCAGACCUGAGUCUCUGCAGCUCGGGAAACGUUGGUGGGUUACUAGACCCAGAGGCCGCCUCAGCCUCCCCUGACCCAACCGGUAGUGGAGCAGCUGUAAGUGAUGGCCCAGCUGAAGGCAACGAGGUCAUCCCCGCAUCUGGAGCCAGGGCAGGCUCAGGCCCCUGGCUUCGCCCAGCUGGUGUUUGGUGCAGGGGAACCUGUGCAGACUGGGACUCUUCAGGAUCAGGCCCCAGACUCGGUUCAGAUGCCGCCUGAGGCAGAGGAUCCGGUGCAAGUCCUCCUCCGGUUCCGAUAGGCAGACAUAUAGUUCCCCCACCCCCUUUAAGAACAGAGCCCUUGUUAAGUUGCCUUUGGUCACAUGGUAUUGCAAAUAAGCUAAAGCUGCUUUUUUUCUGCAGCAGUAUUUAUGCUUUUUAUAAAACCCUCCUAUACUUAUAAGGAGUCUUUUACUAAUACAAUAUUGGAAUCAAAGAGUUAAAUCAUAACAAUGUAAAAUUUAGGCAAAUGAAAGUGGUGUGCAAUGUUAAAUGAAACUUUAUUAUUUGAAGUGCAGAAAGAUGGUCUCUGGAGUCUUGUUAUGGGCCUCAUUGUUAGCAAUUCAGUUUGCCUUCAACUAAAAAGUAUGAAUUUUGAAAAAUAAAACAAAAAAACUGAAUCUUUCAUACCUUGUUUUAACUUUUCAUCAGCAUAGAUUCCUAUCGUGUUGUUAAAUGAAAUAAUUCCACUGUGUAGGAGUCAUCAACACCCCUUCCCCCCAUGUCAUUGAGAUAAAGUAUUUGAUUGCCCCCUAUUCACUUUAUUUGGAGGCUAACAGUCUGCUUUGUCUUUCAGCGAAAUCCUCGGUGUAAGAACAGAACCAAAUUUCAGAGAUUGUGGGGUUUAUUCUGAGGUGUUUCCAUUUCAGCCUCUUUAUUGUAGGAGAGUUUAGAAAGUGUGAAAUAGCAAAGGGGGUUUUCCCAUGGGAGGGGGCAGGGGUUUUUUUGGGGACACACACACACACACACACACACACACACACACACACACACACUUUUGGGGUCAGCUAUGGCCCACAAUAUGUAGUAGGGUUAUGGUUUAAGUUAGUCUUAUCAUUCAAGACAGGAUUUAUUGUUACAACUAUAUCUUUAUUGGAGAAUAAAUCUGUUUUCUUCUUUUGAUAAUGUCUUAUUUCUAUAACUGUUAAGUUGGUAAAAUACAGUGUGUAUUUUCUAAGAAUGCUACUAUAGUGCAGUAAAAUUGGAAAUCUUAGCUGCAUGUCUGCCUGUGUUGUGGAAUUUAAAAUGUAACACACCUUUCCAAUUUGGCCUGUUUAAUUGCUCCAUUCUCAGGUUCAUCCUUGGAUGUGUAGCAAUUUUACAUUGUGCUGUUGUGAAUAUUAGAGCGUCUAUUAAGACAGUGUGAUCCAUUCAUUUCCUGUUGGGAUUCUGUUGGAGAAAUGUUUGGUGGAUUGUGUCUCUUGGCAUUAACCACAAAUGUGCAUCAUUGCUUAAAAAUACUAAGUAAAGGACAUGAACUUCUUGUUUCCUUUCAGUGGUGAGAAGAUAGCAAGAUUCCUGAGCCAGGUAAUCUUAACUCUGUACCACAAUGUGAGAUAGUAAAAAUAACCGCGUUCUCUGCCAAACGCAGCAUCUCUGUUCAGCCCUUCUCAACUAAUCUGUCAAUGUAUUUCUCACACAUUCUUGAGAUCAUGGUUGGCCAUCCUCAUUAAGCACGCCACACUUCACUCUGAAUGCAUUCUGGUGAAAAAGCAAUUGUCUGUGAAUAUUAUCUUAAAAUGGGCUCAGUAUAACAAAUUGACUGUUGCAUGAGAGGCCUAGCGCUUUAAUUAUGUGCAGCACCACGGCUUUACAGUCUGUGAACAGACAGGUCCAAGAAAUUCAGCAAUUUAGUGAUAAACAAAUGGUUUUCACCCCUCGCGAUGGGCCUGUGGAUCUGUUGUCACUUGUGGCUUCUACAUGGUGGACUUUGUCAGGAAUAGUUGCAAAGGAAAGGGACCAGAGAACAGUGUGCAAACGCAAAAUAUUGUGCUGUAGGUCGUGUCUUUUGGGACUUAGUAUGCUUGCGAAAAGCAUGCUGUACCUAUGCACUGUUCUAUGGCAUAUAUAUUACUGUCUUUCUAAAUAAGAUACAGCACAACUUUCAGCGUGAUCUGAAGUGUGUUGACUUCGAAGACCCACUGGUUUUCAGUAUGUAGUUACUUUGAGUAACUGUUCUUGGAACGAGGGCUUUCUCAGGUGCAAACAGGCUGGUGCUUUUGCAGUCCCUUCCACCUCAAAGCCUGAAACCUUUAUGAGAUUACCAGGCCCCUGAAUCCAUCUUUUGCUUUUCAUAAUUGUGGGCAAUUUAAGGGGAAUGUCAGUAAGCUAGUUGGAUUCCUUGCCUUCUGCCUUCCCCCUCUCCCGUUGAUGGAUCAGAUGCAUUUCAGGUAAUUUUUUAUCUGUUUUAGUAUUUUAACUUUGUUUUAAAGUGUGGUUGUGAAUUUUUCUUGAUUAUAUUGCUUUAUCUUUUUGUAAACCACUUUGGGGUGGGUUUUUUUUUUUUUUAAAUAAUAUUUAUUCCAGAUUUAAAGUUACAAAAAAGAAAAAAAAAAGAAACCAUACAAAAUACAAAGAAAACUUUAGCCAUAACAAAGCAAGAAAUAAACAAGUAAAAAAGAACAAUAAGAUAGAAUAAAAAAGAAGACUUAACAAAAAAUAUAAAAAUACAUUGAGUUAAAAUAAAACAAAAACAGAUUAAACCUUUACAUAGCCUUUUCCCUUUACUUAUUUCCAUGACCUCCUCUCACCUCCCAGUUUUGUAUUCUAGUUCAGAUCGUGUUUCCAGCAAAUCCUUCUAACCUUAUUUUCAUUUACGUAUUUUAAAAUUAAAAUAAUGUGAUUAAACCUCCUCUAAUUCAUCAAUUUCAUCAACUCAUUUUUGCUUAGUCCAUUAUAUCAUAUCUACCAGAACGACCUAAUAUUCUUUUUCCAACCUCUUUCUAACAUUCUUUUAUAUUGCAGUACUUUUGAAGAUAUAUUUUGAAUUUUUUCCAGUCUUCUUCCAUCGACCCUUCUCCCUGGUCUCGAAUUCUGCCGGUCACCUCAGCCAAUUCCAUAUAGUCCAUCACUUUCAUCUGCCAUUCUUCUCGGGUGGGCAAUUCUUGUGUCUUCCAGUACUUCCCAAUGAGUAUUCUUGCUGCUGUUGUAGCAUACAUAAAGAAAGUUCUAUCCUCCCUUCGCACCAAUUGCCCGACCAUGCCCAGAAGAAAGGCCUCUGGUUUCUUCAGAAAGGUAUAUUUAAAUACCUUUUUCAGUUCAUUAUAUAUCAUUUCCCAGAAAGCCUUAAUCCUUGGGCAUGUCCACCAAAGGUGAAAAAAUGUACCUUCAGUCUCUUUACAUUUCCAACAUUUGCUAUCUGGCAAAUGAUAGAUUUUUGCUAGCUUGACUGGGGUUAAGUACCACCUGUAAAUCAUUUUCAUUAUGGGGUGGGUUUUUUUUUUAACAACCAAGUGGAGCAUAAAUUUUAUGAAAUAAAUAAAUAAAAUAAUGUGUUGCAUAUAAAACGCUCAGCCUGUAAAAAGCUCAGCUUGUCAAAGAUAGGCAGCUUUUAGAAGUGGUGGGAGCAUUUCCCUACUUGAUCCUAGGAUCCCUUUAUACAUUACGUUAUUUUUUAGGUACUCACUUAAAAAUAUAUAUAAAGUUGUGAAUAUGGCAAAUACGUGUAUUACAGAAGUGCACUUGUUGGAGAGCCAUGAUUGGCUGCACCUUGCAGAACUCUUUGGCAAAAUUGGGUUUUCCUUUCUGACCCAUAGAGAAAUUGUUUGGGAAUAUCUCCCAUUCCAGGGUUUUUCCAAACAGCUGAAUUUUGCUGCUUUUGCUUGAUUCUCUCUCCCCACCCUACACACACACACACACACACACACACACACACACACACACAGUUUAUGUGAAAACAGUUCACAAAUCUUGGCACAAUUGCUAAAGAAGUUUUAAAGCUUUGCCAAGAGACUCUCUUAAUGACUUGCCGGAUUUCUUUUGUUAUCUGCUUUAGUGCUAUCUCCUCCGCAAAUAAUUUGUCUGUGCUUCCCAUGUUUGCUUUCACCCAAAGGGGAUGUAUUUGUCUGAAAGCCAAAUGUUGCCUUGUUACUGCUUAUAACCAGAGCGUUUUUUGCAGGUGUCAAACUGCAAAUCUUUUAAUCUUUCCUCAUUAAACCUGUUUGUUUGAGCACUCCUCUGCCCACUGAAAGCGCAUGUCCCCAACUUUACAUUUACCCCCACUAAAUGAAAUCGGGAUCCCUUCUAAGAUUAAUGAACUUGCAGGGCCAGCAUGCCACGUUUUUAGUGAUUUCUGAGUUAUUUACUUGGAAAUUGUUGUUCCAUUCUAGGCGUGUGUUCCAUUGUGGGGACGUAAGAGUGUGAUUCCUGUGAAAGAGUCAUACAGCUAAAUUGGUAUAAUUCACUUGGAACAUCUUGACCUUAUUCAAAGGAUAAUGAUAGGAUUGCAUGGUUCUAGUCUUUGAAUUCUUGUUAGUCCUGAAUACUUUUUCUGUGAUUUGAGUAGUGUGAUUCAACUCUAUUGUGUAAAAUCCAUACUGGCAGGUUAGGUCUUUAAAUUAUCUUCUCCUUGGAAGUGUGUGUGUUUAUACAGAUAAAUAUAUCUACAUAUUUACAUAAGAGAACACACAGAGGACAUAUGUAUAACUUCAAACCACAAAUCAUUUCUAGUUUCAUUUGGGAUGAUCAUCAUUUUAUCAAAAACAAUUAUUGUGAUGUUGUUCAAAUAUCCUCAUUUAAAAUGCCAAUAAAUGAUUUGGAAAUCUAAACAUCUAUUCUGAGUCAGCUAUGAGAGAACAUUAAAACAUGCACUCUUGCAAACAAACAAACAAACAAACAAAUCAGGAAACAAAAUGAAUGUAUUUGAUCUGCUAUAGUUGUGCAAUUAUGGGGGGGUUUUUUCCAGGGGGAGAGGAAAUAUUGCCAGUAGUUUUAUACACCAUCUGUGAUUGCGCUCCAAAGCAGGAGGGAAAAACUAAUUAAGUAUCUUACCUUUAUAAAGAGUUACUUUGAAGACCCACUAUUUCUUUUUUACCUCCUUUUUAUGAGCUUACUUUAACCAAAUUACAGAACUGAAUGGUGGCAGUGAAUUUGUUCUUCUGUUAGUGAGCUUUUAGUGCUGGGCGAGGGAUAUUGAAAAUUUCAAGAGUGGCAUGGAGCCUAGAUUCCCAUUUUUCUCCCUAGAAAUCUGAAUUGGGAUUUAUGCUGCUGAAGAGAGGCCAAGUUGAAGGGGAUGGGGAGUCCCACUGGUAAACUAGUUUGCUUGGGGUAAUAAAAUCAUUUGAGAAGAUAAGAUGAAUUUGCGUUUGAGCUUAAUCGACAGAGCAAUCCUUGUUCCCCAGUACAGGGAGAAAGAUGCCACCCCUAUGUCAGUCAGCAUGAUGUCCACCAUAGCCUUUGUUUUUCCAGCCCAGAACUGGAGGGUGAAAACAAACUGCUCCAAAAGGCACAGAAUGGAGCAACACCAGCCAUGUUCCCAGCACCCAUGGCAACACCAUCUGUGCCCACCUAUCAUGGGCACCCAGGGACUUCCCCAUGUUGGCUGGACGUGAAGGACACCCGGCUCAUAAGUACUGUGUUUGAACACAGAAAGGGAAGAAAAUAGCAGGCAUUUAAUAUAUUGCCCAGACAACAACCGUGGGAAGAUACCUGCACAUAGCUCACACAACUUCCCUUCAGUCAAGAGAGGAAAAGAUUUUUUUUGUCAAGAACCAGGAUUGAUGACAAGAGAAGCCACAACUGUCUACCAACGGCUACAACCUCCAGUGUCUCGCUACCUAGCAUGGAGUUGGAAAACAGUGUUAUUCUUUGUUACCUGUGCUUCACUUGCACUGAAGGCUCCAUGGACCCAAAUAGCAUGUCCAAAGCAUGUCCAAAGUCCGUUUCGGGGAGCCCUGUGGCAGUUUAUUUCCUGGGGUAAAAUCCUAAAAACAAUAACUUCAAUCCAAAAAAAAAAGCUCAACAACUUAAACUUCAAUCCUAAAAAAAAGGUUAACAUCUUUGGUCAGCCCUCACGGCCCUCCACUUCAUCAAAUCUGGCCCUCUUUGAAAAAAUUUGGACACCACUGUUAUAAGCCAUCUUGAUGGUUCUCAGAGGACCAAAAAGAAGGAAACAAAUGGGAGGGGGGGAGAGAGAUGAAGUGGUUUUAAGUGCAUUAGCUUUACAUAUUUUGACUGCAGAUAGGAUGGUAACACUGCCAAUGCCCUCCUACAUAUUUUAUUUUCAACACUGUCGGGUUAUUUGCCAUUUCCCCCAAAUUACACAUUAUUGAGGUGAAAUUUCAUACCUUUCAGUCUGAAAAGUGAUUUCUUAUGAAAAAGUUCCACCACCUCGUUAAGUGUGUGUUUAGCUGUGGUAGCAAUCAUUGGUGCAGCCCCUCUGUGCUUUUAAAACUUCAAACCUGUAAUCCUCUUUAGUGAAUCUUUAUAAUGGCUGUUGAACUGCAUCAUCUCAUUGGAUUGGGUGCAGUCUAGGGGACGUUGGGUGUCGAAAUUUUGUUGUGGUCUGUAGAAUUCAGGUGCACAAUUAUGUGCUCUAGGCUCGGUCGCUUUAUUUUCAGCGAAUGGUAGGCACACAGCGUUUUCUCUGCGUUGCACCUUGAAUGUGUUAGCAUCUAACAUUGCAACUUCUUCCACUGUUGAAUCUAGUGUGCUGGGGGUUUUGUGGGCUUCCGUUGGACAACUUGAAUUAAAAGCUGGUGGCAUUUGUGAUAAAAUUUUCAGGAGAAAUGGAGAAAAUUCUGUUUUCUCGUAGGUAAGAGCAGAGGGCUGCUUUAGGAGUCAAGAGCAGGACUUUGGAAGUGGUACAAGUAGUGUAUCUGAUACAGGACGGUGUGCACCUCAUUGACAUCGUGCACAGAAUAACUCCCUUUUUUAAGGUGUUGCUGGAGAUAAAUGAACUCUCAGUUAGUCUAACCAUUCAUAGUUCCACUUUACCAUUCAUUUCAACAAGGGUUAAUCAAAAUACCGAUUGCUUAAAAUUAAAGCUUUAAAAGAGAAAGAGUUGAAAUUGUGGCAGGAGAAGAGAUGGAACACCAGGGAAUGACUGACCUCAUAAUCAUUGAAGAAUGGAUGGAGUUGGUAGUUCAGGCUUUUUAGAAAAUGUUAGGGAUAUUUCAGACGGUGGCUGGUGUUCGCUGCAAGCCUAUUAGCAUGUGAGAGUUAAGAAUUGCCCCUUAUCUGAGAACCUGUUAGGUCACUAAUUGAAGUCACUGGAGGUGAAUGAUAAAUGCAAAGGGUCGAAUCCCAAGGUUCCUUUCCUCUGGCUUGAAAGAGCCUUCCUCCUGUGGAAGAAGGAAGCCUUUGAAUUCACAAUGCUGUGUUUACUCGAAUCUAAUGCUCACCUUUUUUGGCCAAAUUAGGUUGUGAAAAUUAAGGUGUGCCUUCGAUUUGAUGGCACAUUUACAUUUGCCAACAAAUACUUCUUUUGGUUUCAAGGUUCUGAAAAUUGUGGUGUGCAUUCCAUUCCAUGGCACUUUACACUCGAGUAAAUGCGGUAUUUGCAGACAGUGAGCUUUUUAUGCUUAUUAGUGAAAAGCAGUGCUGCGAGUCCUCAUGUUGACAGUUAUUGACCAUUGCAUUUUAAGCUGAAUCAUCCUCUUUCUUUAAGAGUGAAAGAGAAUGCCUUAUAGGUAUAUUGCUGCAUGUACUAUAUUUUAAAAAGAGACUGGGGAGUGAGAUUGCAAGUACUUUAAGUGGGUUUUUGGGGAUGACACAGUCACUACUGCGCAGAUGCACCAUCACUGCUCUCCGUGUUGAGACCAUGACUCAUAUUUGAUUUCUGUUCCGUGGAUGUAGAAGUCCGAGGGCAGACUAAACUAGUCAUAUAUAUUUUUUGCUGAUUGUUUCCUAAUUAGCUGAAGAGUUUUCCCAGGUUUGUUGUUGAUGGAAAAUUCUAUGCCAAUCAUUUCUAUACCUCACCCCUAGGUUGUAAAAAUUAAUGAGAAAAGUGAAGGCUGCACCUCAGCAGCUUAUGUGUGUGGAAACAAUGGGUCCUUGGCCGGGAGUUCAUUUCAGUCUGCGUUGUGUAGGACACAUCCUUGGGAAUACUGGUUGAGGAUUGGUAAUCAGCAUUGACAUUUCCUGUGACUACCAACACAACCAGGGGACAUUUCUCCUUGUUCUUCUUUCUGUCUUGCCUUGUCACUAGUUCCUCACUCUUUUAAGAUUUCAUCAGGAGCCAAACUUUAUAUGACUAUAACUUUGGGUAAGCUUCCUUCUUGAAAUAACUUCAGAAACUGAUUCUUUUUUUCUUUUUGGAUGGGGGUGAUAACAAUUGCAUUGGUUCUUCUUUUACCUGAACACCAGUUACCUUUGAUAGUCACAGUGAUUGAGCAUGUUGUUUUUUGCACUGAGGUAAUCAGACAUCCCAUCCCUGGUAUACUAAAAAGAAAAAAUAUAUAGACUUUACAGAGUUAGAAAAGCUGUAUUCCUAAGAUUCUCUUCUUUGUAGUGAUACUAAUAUAUUUUUUCCCUGAGUGUCUUUUUAAAAUACAGUAUGGUAGAAUUUUAACUUUUUCUUUAAAAAAAACAUAUUUUUUUUGAAAUGACAACUUCUAAUACUUGUAUAUAUAUAUUUUUAACUUUCCCACAGAUAUGCACUUAUUUGGCCAUUAUCCAGCUCAUGAUGAUUUCUAUCUAGUAGUGUGCAAUAUCUGCAAUCAGGUAGUCAAGCCACAGGUUUUCCAGUCACACUGCGGUAAGUGAAAACUUUUGUUCCUGGAUUACGGGCUCGCUGUACAUGUCCCAAAAGAAAUGGUGCAUUAGCAGUUAACUUCCUCCUUCCUCUUUUUCAAGCUGAGCUUCUCAUCUUGUUAAACCACUUGAAAUUCACUUACCUUGCCGAGGUUGGAACCCUAAACGCACAGAAAACACUUUUUUUAAAGGGUGGGAUGGCAGGUGCAUGUUUGUUGCUCAUCAAAGCCAGUCCAAAAAAGAUCUAUUACCUAGGAGAGAAAAUCCAAGUGGCACUUCCCUUCCUGCUCAUUGGGGUUUAUUUAUUUAUUUCAUUAAAUUUAUAUAACGCUUGAUGGUAGAAAAUAAACCUCAGGGCAGUUUACGAAAAAGACAAAAAUUUACAACAUACAGAAGGUUAAAAGUUGCAAUAAAAUAGACUAAAACAAUUUUAAACUCCUACGAACUUUCUAAACAUCUGUGCAGGCUUUCAACAGGUGCCAAAAGGAAUACUGCCACAUGGUAGGCACGGUUAUGUGUACUGACCAGUGUUAGGUCUGCUGCAGAGUGAGAUUUGCGCCACUUGUGCUCUGGUCCUCAUCCAGAUUGUCUGGAAAUCCUCAGAGUAGCGAAGGGACACUUGGACUCCCAAACACCAAGGAGGACGCUUAGGAAUGAUCAUGUUGACUGCCCAGAGCAUUCAGAAACACACCAAGUUCCAUCAGUAUUUGAGAGCCCUCUCAAAUGGGCUCUCCAACCUUACAGGGAGGAAUUGCCACUGUUAGUCCAAACUUAACCAGGUAAUGGUUGGACCCUGACAAGGGAGUGCAUCGCGGUCCCCCUAUCUCCAGUCCAUUCUUGUAUCACUUGGGGCAAAGAUCAAGAGUGUGCCUUGCCUGGUGUGUGGGACUGAUGACCAUCUGAGAAAGACCCAUGGUUGUCAUGGAGGCCAUGAAGUCUUCGCCUGGCCCGACAGCAGCCUUUGUGUGGAUAUUGAAAUAAUCCAGGAUUAUUGUUAUAGAGUCCUCCAACAGAGACUACCUAAGCCAGCCUGGUCAGGAUUGCAAAGAAAUCAGUAGAGCACACCAUCCCUGAGGUGUCUCUCUGGCUCAAUACCAGAUGCAGACCCAAGCCCAUUCCAAGGUCAAGAGGAGAUGGUCUUCUUGUAGACAACAGCAGCAUCCCCACCUCGACACCCGCCCCCCAGUCUAGCCUGGUACAGUAUCAAAAACCCGAGAGGCAGGGCACAGCUGGGUAAGGUCAGGCCCACCCAGCUCACUCACCCAAGUCUCAGUAACACAAGGCAAAUCAGUCUGCUCAUCCGCAGUCAAGUUUGUUGUGGACUGAUCUGUGAUUCAGCAACAGAACCACCAGAUCAGAGGGCUCAGCGGAUAUGCUACCAGAGAGUGUGGGAAUGUUCAGGGAGGCAGGAGAGGAUAUAUUGUUAAAUUAUAGCCUUCCCAACUUGUGUUAACAAGUUCUACAAUUUAGCAGAGUAACAUUCCCCUUUUUAAACUUGUACAGCGGAUAACGUCUUUGCCAGGCUUGUAUAAGCCUCUAAAAUAAGUUUCCUUGGUAAUUCGCCUUUAUUCCCUCAUAAAAAGAUAGACAAGACACAGUCUUGUAUAAAAGUAUAUAAAAUAGUUUACAUUCUGUUCACAGUAGGAUCCCAGAAGGCAGACUUAAAUAUAUACACCUGGAAUCUAUCCCAUAAGGAGAUAGUUCCUUUGACCUCUCUUGGCUGGGAGCCAAGAGAGCAUCUCAGGCUAAGAAGAUGUUGCUUCCUUGAGGAAUGGAGUCAGAGAGAGAGGUGUCUGCUUCCCCUGAGGUAUUUUGUUACCUGCACAGGUGAGGCCACGCCCACCUCUGGUCACAUGCAGAGGAAGUCUGUCCCAGCCCAGGAGGAAACAGGAAGUUCCGACUGGCUGGUCCAGACAUCCCCUUUUUAUGUCCACUCUAGGAAUGUUGUAUUUGACUGCUCUGUGUUUCACAUCCCACAGAGAGUUCCGGUGGAGUGAAAGGGCUGGAACAAAGAAUGAAGCCCCCCAACUCCAGUCAUGCUUUCCCCUGCCCACCACCACUGGAAUUGGAGCAGCCUCACAACUGCCACUCCUCUCAGGAGCAUUACCUAGGGUUGCCAUAUUUCAAAAAGUGAAAAUCCGGACAGAAAAGUUGUUGACGCCACCAUUCAUGGACCACAGAACAGUAAACUAAGGCCCAGUGGUAAUAGGCACCCCACACUUUCAGAGGUAGCUGUUGACUCCGCUAGCUGCUCUCCUCCCCUUGCCUCUCACGCAGGGGGAACUCCACCAAAGCAGAUUUCCCCUCAGCUAGGCUCUCACCCUGGCUGAGGCUCACAAACCUGUCUCACACAGUGCCGGGCCUACACUUCUAUACCCUGACUGACAGAGCAUCUCCCCAAAGGGGCGAUCAAAAGUGGCGAAUCCCUUUCGUGUUGUCCCCUUCGGGGCCGAACCCUAGAUCACAGCUGCACCCCCAGCUGCAUUCACUUAGCCCGCAGUUAAAACACUAAUCCCCACUACAAACAGCGCAGACACUGCAACCAGAUGAUACACAGACCAAACAUCUGUUGCAGCGCAAACACACUUGCUGGCUAGGAGAGAAGACCAGGCAAGGACCAGGCUGGCGCAACAUUUGGGGGCUUUUUAGUUUAGAGAAAAGGUGAGGAGAGGAGUCGUGAUGGAGAUGCCUCAAAUUAUUCUUGGCUUGGAGAAAGUUUUUCUCGCUCUCCUAAAACACCAGAACUCAGGGGCAUCCGAUGAAACUGCAUGUUGGAAGGUUCAGGACAGACGAAAGAAAACCCUUCUUUGCACAGUGCAGAGUUGAACUAUGGAAUUCGCUUUCAUGAGCUGUUGCAAUGGCCACCAACUAGGAUGGCCCAUUUAAUGGAGAGUCAGGCUAUCCAUAGCUGAAAACCUUAAUGGCUGCACUUUGUUUUCAUUGUUGGAGGAGGUGCUUCUGAAUACCAGGAGGAGAGAGAGUUGUUGCCCUCAGGUCCCGCUUGCAGGCUCACUCAUCCCUUUGGCAUGGCAAGAAGGGAGACGGGUUCUGUUGAGUGAGCUUAGUCUCUGGACCUGGAGGCAAAAGUCAAAUGCUUCUGUACUUCCAAGCUACAGGGGUUAGUGAGAGGCUUCUUCCUGCGCUUUUCAUUUUCUUCUUCCGUGCCUGGGGGCUGCUCUGAGUGUUUGUAGGGCACAAAAGCAAAGCAGGUCAAUGCACCUGUGAGCUGAAGGGGUAAAGGUGGAUGUGCAUUGGCUUGCUCUGCAUACACGGUACAUGCCAAGAUUAGAGAAGUUGCCGAGGCAGAGCGAGCCUCUGAUUUUCUGCCUCUCCUUCCUAGCCACAAGGUUUCAGCUAGAAAGAGGAGCAGAUUUUCCCACGAGCUUGCUGUACAUUCGACACUUGGGAUAAAGAGGGUCCCAGCUGCAAUUAAUUUUUGACUGGCCAGGAAAUCACAUUCUGUUGAUUGCUGCCACUAAUUAACACAGGGGACAACCUACAGACAUGAGGUAUUAUCCCUGUGCAGCCACCAUUGAAACAAAUAUUUAUGCCCAUGGAUCAGAAUUGCCUGUCUCUUCAAUGGCCAAGUUUGGAUUACUUUCUUACUAGGCAGAAACUAUUCAACAUUUGCAAAGGGGGGUAUGUAGAACUCAUUGCACAUGGGUCCAGAUGUUGCAGUCAGUAUGCUACAUGCAACCUGGGAAUCUAUGAUGUGGAAAGGCUGGACACAGUCCUGUCCCCCCCACUGUUCAUAGCAUCUGUGCAGCAUGAGGACUGUGUGAACUGGGCCAUAAUAAGCCUUCCCUUGCUUUAUAGCUGGGCUGCCUCUGUUCCGUGAAAUAUCAGGGACUGUUUCCUAUGCUAGCUCCCACCAGUCCACAUCGCAAGCGGCAAUGAAUACAGGACUGAUACAGACCUGCCAGUCCAUGGCUGAAUGCAUUUUUAAAAUUAUUAUUAUUAUUAAAAUUUUAUACUGCCCUAUACCCAGAGGUUUCAGGUCGGUUCACAGAACAAAAUCAAAAUAUACCACAAAAUAUAUAAUCAAAAUCAAAACAACAACCUAAUAACCCCCCACCCCCACAAAAAACCCCAUGAUUUAAAAGGGCAUAGGAUUUGUCAAUGAAAUCAACCAAAGGCCUGGUUAAAAAGGAACGUUUUAAAAAGGUGUAUUAUGAAGGUGCCUGGCGAACUUCACUGGGGAGAGCAUUCCACAGACGUGGAAACACUGCAGAGAAGGCCCGUUUUCAUAUUGCUACAUUCCAAACCUCUCAAGGAGGCACGAAAAAGAGUUUCAGAAGUUGAUCUCGGGGUUCAUAUGGAGAGAGGCAGCCCUUGAGGCAUUGCAGUCCUGAGCCAUUUAAGGCUUUAUAGGUCAAAACCAGCACUUUGAAUCUUCCCCUGAAUCCUGCCCCCUUUCCCGCCUUCUUAUUUUUAUUUUUGCCACUUGUGUAAAGCUGAAUGCACACAAGUUCAGUGUGCAUAAAUUGUGGGUUUACUGUGUGCUUUAAAUGUGUGGUGUGCAUGUGGCAGAAGUUGAAUUCCACAAGCUUCCUGAAGAAAGGCACCUGCUGUUUGCAGUUCUUGCUUAAGCAAGUGUGUUCUGCGCUUCAUCACAAAAGCAAGCAGACCAGGACUGUGGGAAGUUCCUGCCUCAAAGCAUCCUUACUCAGCAAACCACUCCCUUUCAAAUUAGCGAGAUUUGCUUUCAAUCAACAUAGGUUCUGGUUUGAAAUUAUGUUGAUCCACCCUGCCGAAAAGAGUAUUGCAUUAGAAUGAACAUGUGCCAACUGUGAACAAAUAAGAUUUCCACCUUGAAUCUCUACCCCCAACACACUGGCCCCACAAAUUGGUAUUCAAGCCGUAUGAAAAAGUAGCCUGAUGCAAGUGAAUGGGCACAGCAAAAUACUCAAUUUAAAUAUUGGAGUUCAUAUCAGCCACAUGUGCUGUUUUCUUAUUGUCGUGCUAUAUUCAUUGCCUCCUCUUUAAUAAUGCAGAGUUGAGCUAUUUGGAGAUAAACCUCAUUUUAAAGUAUUGGCUGUGAGUGCGAACUCUGUUUAUGUUGAUCUGGAGGUACAUCCUGGCAGGCGUGUGUGUGUGUGUGUGUGUGUGUGUGUGUGUGAUGGAGCAGCAUAUUCCAUUGUGCUAAAUUUACUGAUUGCCUGUAUAAGUAGAGGAAAAGGCUUCAGAUAACUUUCGUGGCUAAACAGUUUGCUUCUUUAGGCUGCCCUUUCUUUGAAAGUGCACAGCUAAUCAACAGCCUCGUUUUAUUUUCAGCAUCUGAAUGCUUCCUACACAUUUACGCACUUGUUAGGAUCACUUCCUUGGCUGCUUUAAAUAACAGCUACCUCUUGCGUAAAAGCCGAAGGCACCGUAGGCCACAACACCGACUGAUCUUAUUGAUAAAGAACGGGGGCUUCUCUUACAGUGUGAAAUAAAGCUGGUCUAACAUGUGACUUUGUGGCCCCUUUGUAAAGAAUAUUAUUAUUUAAAACUGUGUUUAAUCUCUAUUUCUCUGUCUAGCAUACGGAUCAUAACAUUCCCAUUCGCAAAUCAUAGUAGGUGUGGGUCAUCAGGAAAAAAACCCUCUCUUACUGUAAUUCUCACAGUACAGUAAACCACCACAAUAUUUUGUGACUUGCUAUCUCGUCAACGGGACGCGGGUAGCGCUGUGGGUUAAACCACAGAGCUUAGGACGUGUCGAUCAGAAGGUCGGCGGUUCGAAUCCCCGCAAUGGGGUGAGCUCCUGUUGCGUGGUCCCUGCUCCUGCCAAUCUAGCAGUUCAAAAGCACAAAGUGCAAGUAGAUAAAUAGGUACCGCUCCGGCAGGAAGGUAAACGGUGUUUCCGUGCGUUGCUCUGGCUUGCCAGAAGCGGCUUAGUCAUGCUGGCCACAUGAUCUGGAAGCUGUACGCCGGCUCCCUCGGCCAAUAAAGAGAGAUGAGUGCCGCAACCCCAGAGUCGGCCACGACUGGACCCUAAUGAUCAGGGGUCCCUUUACCUUUACCUUUAUCUCGUCAAGAGAUCUAGGAAUGAGGUGUAGAUAAGAGUUAGAUUUUUUUUUAAGAAUGGGGGAAGAAAUUCAAAACGCACAAUGUUAAGGCGCUUCGUCAAACCAUAGGCCAUAUAGGUAUGGCUGUAAAUCUUUUACAGUUGUUUGCUUGCUAUUAUGUUGUGGCUGAAUCUUUCAUCAGGCACCUUGGGAUGAUGCGAGUGUCCAGCAUGGGAUGUCUUCCUUCCAUGCCUUUCAGCUAUUUUUCUUUUCUUUUAAGAAAGUUGUAUAGCAUGCUAGAGAUAUGGGGGGAGUGGUGAGGCUGGGGGACGUCUUUCCAAAUAUGUGUGCCUGCAAGACAGUGUGUGGAUUGAAAUUAUUCACACCAUAGCUUAGGAACUCUGACCACUGUUACAUUCAAUUUUGUAUUUUUGCACGGCCCGUGGGUUUAUUCAGGAAUUUCAGCACAGGAACAGGAGGAAAAGGCUAUUUAAUUUCCCAAUGUGGCAAUAACUUAAUUUAGUUUUUUUCCUGUCGUUUGAAAAGUGUCCUAUUGGAACACUCAGAUUUUCAUAGCUUCUCAGCUGCUUGCAUAUACAUAGCCAGCAGAGGGAGAUCAUAUCAUUACAUAUUUGGCCUUGCAACUAUUGGCCUCUUCUGGGAUCUGAAGGAGGCUUUAACAGUAGAAAGCUGCAGUCAAAUGCUUUCAUUUCUGCAGGUGUAAUUCUUGCCAUCUCACUUGGUAAGGUGUAGAAACAGAUUUCAGCUUUCCUCACUCCCCUCCUUGCUCCCUCCCUAAACUGAAUAAGAUUUGAAGCAGAAUUAUCUCAUAGCAUGUCAUACGUGAACAAAAAUAUAUCCAAUACUAGAUCUAUUGUUCCACACUUGAUAAUCACCUGAUGGCUUUCCCAAGAGGAGCAAUGUAUAUUUAAUUUAUUAUUAGUUGUUAUUCAAGGGUUUGUUUUUUUUCUGUUACAAGAGUGACUGUUGCAGGCUGGCGUCCUCUUUCCGCCUGGAAUUACUUUAAUAUUCUGUUGAGCCCUGUUUAUUUUAUUUCACCAAAUUAGAGAUAAGCACAGGCUCUCUUUCUGUAGUUAGUUAGCAGUGCCCACUUGUGAGGUGCAACCGGAGUUUCAUCGGUGAUGAGUAACAAAUACGGUCAGGGGAUUUCUGGGCUGAUUUGAUUGCUUGUUUAUGUGCAGGCCGCACACAAUUGUCUGGAGGAAGCUGAGUAAGGGACUGCAUAUUACCUUGGCAGGUCAUGUUCCUUUGCCAUGUCUGCUGACUAAUGUAGGUGAUAUGACGGGGAGACUCUAUGGGAGAAGGUGGUGCUUAACCCUUGCCCUGCUUGCUGCUCCCUGUCCAUACAAACCCCUCCUUUCCACGCUUUUCCUCCUGGCUAUGCUUAUUCCUUACUUUUUGAAGCUGAUCUGGAGCAGGGCGACCCAACUUUUUUAGAUCAACAUGGAACCCGCGGGCCACGUGCUGCCUUGUUGUGCAUUCGUGGGGGGGGGGGGGAGGCAGCAAGGCCAGAAUUUGACACACACACCCCAGUCCUUGCACUGCUUUCCCAAAGCCAGCUAAAUGAAGUGUCAGUCUUUGAAAAGGAGGCAUGAGGCUCUGGCAGGGUCCUAGGCCCUCCCACCGCCUUCCCAAAGCUGGGAAAGCACCAAUUAGGCUUUAGGAAGGAGGGUGAUUUCAGUGGGUCUGUUCUGCAUAUGAUUUUGCCACCCCUUAAUUUUAACCCUUCAGUCUCAAGCCAUUUCUGUAGUUUCCGUUGUCAAAUAAUUACAAAGCAAGCUACAGUAAGGUUACCAGAUUUUUUUCAAAGAAUCUGGGACACUUUUUUUUUUUGAAAAGAGAGAAAAAAAGUUAUUACUUCUUACUUUUUUAAAAAUAGAAUAAAAAAAUCUUCUCUUCUGUGGUCUCCUCUGUUGCGCGGCCUUCCUCUGGGCCCCAGCCUGCUCUCUUGGAGCGCUAGCAGCUGUGGAGUAGGCUUGGGUCGGGCCUGGGCUCUGCCACAUGUCCUUGCCCUCCCGGUGCUCUCCUACCUCUUCUCAGCAGUGGCAGUGGCGGUGCAGCAAGGUUGGGGUUAGCCUGGUAGCGCAGUUGGCUCUGGCUGGCUUCAGGAGCUGCUCGCUGCCGUGGCGCCCACCAUUUUGCCUCACCGGAAGUCCCCAUAUGAUGUGUCUUGUGCCGUUGAACCAAUCACGCAACAUUCAUUCCCUACUAAUAAAUCUACAACACUUAAAAUAUAAAUCCGGGGACGUUAAAUGAAAUCCGGGGACCGAUUUUGUCCGGGGACAGAUUUGUAAAUCCAGGGACUGUCCCCGGGAAACGGGGACGUGUUGUAACCAUAAGCUACAAAGAGCAGCUACUGACACCGCCACAUAUUGAGAACUUUUGCUUCUGUUGAAAGCAGUACUGCAACUUACUUUGAGGGGGUUGGGUUAAAGUUGCUUUUCACAUUCCUAUGCUUUUUGUUAAAAGUAGCAGUUAAGUUCGAAUUGGAGCUUUGGCAAAAUAUUUAGGAGAAAGGUAUGUGGGAGGUAGAAAUUCAUCAAGUGGGAAUGAAGGGGAAAGUUGCCUGUAUUCAGCUAAUAGACUCUGCUUCUUCUAAUUGACUGUUGAAGUGGGGAAUCAAACGGUGGUUUGUGAAGCUCCAUGCAUGCCUCACAAAAAAAAAACCCACAGUGCAUGCGCAGAAACAUUUGAGCGUGCUUUGGACUGUUGGGAACAUGGCUUUACUUUCAGAGUUUGGGGUCACUCAUCUAUUCCCCAACCCUAGAUAUGAUCACUGUUAAAACAGAACCAGGUUUUAUUGGUAUAAAUGACUAGUCAACAUUUGUAAUAUAUUGGUUUUUUAGAAUGCAUUAUGACACUCCUCUGUUUACAUAAAACGCACAAAUGGGUUAUUUGGCUGGAUUUUGAUUCUAUAGAGGAACCAUAUUUCAGUGGGUAGAGCACAUGUUUUGCAUGCAAAAUAUUAUAGGUUAAUUCAGUAUAAAUGAAACUUGGGUAAUAAAGUGGGGGGAAACCUCUCCUUGAGACCUUGAAGAGCUGGUGCCAGUCACAAUAGUAGCAGGGACAAGUAACUUGUGGCCUUACAGAUGUUUUUGGACAACAGCCUCAGCCAACAUGGCCAUUGUUCAGGAAUUAUGGGAGUUGAAGUCCAGGAAUAGCUGGACCGAUAAUCUUACACCAUAUAAGACAGUUUCGUAUGUUUGUGCAGCAAAGGAAAUAGUUGUUAUGCGUAUGCCUCCUCAUCGGUUGGUUGCAGAACUCACCAAAAUAUGUAGCACAGUUUUCUCAAACUUGGGUGCCCAGCUUACGCUGGACUACAACUCCCAUCAUUCCUAGUUAGCAGGACCAGUGGUCAGUGACGACAGGAGUUGUAGUCCAACAACAGCUGGUCACUCAAGCUUGAGAAACACUGAGGAGCAGUGAAUAAACUUUUGACAGUAGAAAAAGAAAUGAUGGUCUCUUGACUGAUUGAACAACAGACAAGAUACCGUAUUUUUCGCUCUAUAACACGCACCCGACCAUAACACGCACGUAGUUUUUAGAGGAGGAAAAUCCGUAGGCAUGCCACCUGUAGGCAUUCCCUCCAUAACACACACAGACAUUUCCCCUUACUUUCUAGGAGGAAAAAAGUGAGUGUUGUGGUGCAAAAAAUACGGUAGUUGUCUUCGUGUGAACAGAGUUGCUGGCCAAUGCUAAGCCACAUUGUACACAGACAGUACCUAAUUGUGUGGUAGUCCUAAGCUGUGUUUUCAAAAUGCAAAAGGCCAUGGUAAUUGGGGGGUAAGUUUACCGCCAUCCCUACUUAGUCACCUUGAGAUUUGCCCCCAACAAAACUUUAUUAAUGUGCGGAGUAUUUUCCUUUUAUAAUACAUGGUAGUUGUCUUUCUCUUUUUUAAGCUGUUUAAAAAGUUAUAUUGUCUAACUGGUAGGGUGUGAAACCUGGUUAGUGAUGGUGUUUUGUGUCUGUAGUCAAAACAGUUGGCUCUGCAAGUGUGCUGGAGCAGUCGCCUGCCUCACUUCCAGCCUUUGCAGAAUACUUAAUCAUAUUGCUGUCAUUCUCUGACAGUGUCCGUAACGUGAAUCAUUUCAUGUUCCAGCAGUACAAGUUGUUUACAGUCGCCCUAGAAUUGGAUUAACUUGGCAGACUGGGCCUCGGUGUAAGUCCUUUUAGUUUACAUUUCUUCUAGCAAGCUGUUUUGUAUACUGUGUCUUCUUGCUGAUUUCCCCCUCCCCAGCAGAAAUGAGGAGUUUUUAGCUGUUUUAUGUCGGAAGACAAUGUGUGUAACCAAUACAGGAAAAGUGCAAGUUGGUGGGUAUUUCAGCUGAUUGUUUUCCAGUUAUGUCUCUGGAGUUAACAAGUUUCUUAAAUUGCUUUUUUUUUAAUCAAAAACAUCAGUACUCUUCUUUGACCCGGCAGUCUGUUUCCUUUGUCAGUUUACACGAAGAGCCAAAGCUAAACUCUCUGCCAUUUCCUUUUCAACAGUGCAAAUACAAUUGGAGUGGAUUCAGUUUGAAGAUUGUUUUCAACCAAACUUGAAACUAUGUUUAUCCAACUCUCUCAGGUUAUACAUUUUUCUUUGGAUAUUUUCUACCACUCCUACAACGCUCUAAUUUGUUAGCAGACUUUCCCUCUCCCUUCCUUCCUUUCUGUUAUUUAAUUUAAUGGACCACAGUGUGUGCUAUACUUUGUCACAAGGAAAAUGAAAGUGUUUAGCAAGGUGUUUAUGGCGAUUGGCUGUGAAGUAACUGCCUGUUAUCCCUAAUCUCCCCAAUGACUCAAGUUAUUUGGCUCAUUACAAGAGUAUGCUUUUUUGUAUUAAAAUAUGCUUGGCAUUUGGUUUAAUGUUUAAACCUUUUAAACUGGAAGCAUACGUCAUAUCAGUUACUAAGAUAGUAACCUACAAAGUUGUUGACUUAUGACGGGUAUGCCUGUACGAAAUCAGUUUGGUUGCAUGCUUAAUGAAAAUUCCAAAUGAAGUGUGUCAAUCUAUAGUUUUGCGAUAUUAACAGGAAGUACAUUGCAGUAGCACAUUAACACCAUUGUAAAUGAGUCCCUACCUUGCUCUGAGUCUCUGGUUUUCAAUUUUGUAAGCUAACAUUGAUAAGUAGCUUUCUAGCUGGGUUAGUGGUGGCCUGAUUUUCCAGUUUUCACUGGGGAUCUUGAGCUCUAUCUCAGUAAGCCUGCCUGAGACAAGUAAAAUUUUUGUUGCCUCUGUUCUUCUUUUGCUCCCAGUAUUUUGUCUGCCCACAGAGUUAUGUCCCCAUAUCUGGCACUCUCUGAGCGCUUAAAUGUUGGGAAGGCCGUGGUGACCUGCAGGGUUUCAUAUAACGCUAUGCUCUAUUUUCAUGAGGCUCAUUUUUCAAUGUAAAAAGUGCCCUUUCAGUAAGUUGGAAGAAUCUGGCAAACUGCACACCUUCCCUUCACUUACUUCGUGCAUUUUUUGCACCCUAUUUGCAACCAUUAUUUGUUGAAUUACUGCUGCUGUCUCAUUUUAUUUUAAAGGGCUUCUUCAUGGCAUGUUGUUGUGGUUUAGUCGUUUAGUCGUGUCCGACUCUUCGUGACCCCAUGGACCAGAGCACGCCAGGCACUCCUGUCUUCCACUGCCUCCCGCAGUUUGGUCAAACUCAAGACCAAGAACACUGUCCAACCAUCUGGUCCUCUGCCGUCCCCUUUUCCUUGUGCCCUCCAUCUUUCCCAACAUCAGGGUCUUUUCCAGGGAGUCUUCUCUUCUCAUGAGGUGGCCAAAGUCUUGGAGCCUCAGCUUCACGAUCUGUCCUUCCAGUGAGCACUCAGGGCUGAUUUCCUUAAGAAUGGAUAGGUUUGAUCUUCUUGCAGUCCAUGGGACUCUCAAGAGUCUCCUCCAGCACCAAUUGUCCAUGGAGUUUUCUUGGCAGGGAUACUGGAGUGGCUUGCCGGUUCCUGCUCCAGGUGGAUCACGUUUGGUCAAAACUCUCCACUAUGACCUGUCCAUCUUGGGUGGCCCUGCACGGCAUAGCUCAUAGCUUCUCUGAGUUAUUCAAGCCCCUUCGCCACGGCAAGGCGGUGAUCCAUGAAGGGGUUAGUCCAUGCUGAUAGUCAUGGCAUAGUCCAUGCCAAUCAAGGAUCAUGCAAUGAACAUAAUGACAUCAUAUCACUGCCUAGUCCAAGUCUUCUAUUUUAUAGAGAGCUUUAAAAAAAAUACAGGGGGUUUUAAAAAGACAGAAUAUCAAUGGAGGAAUUCUAAGCUCUCUUAUUAUCCUAACUGUGAAUGGAGAGAGGAAACUUAUCUCAUUGACUAGGCAGCAAGGCUGAUACUAUCAGAUCUGCCAUAUUAUGCUGGUGUUUUUACUGCCCACCACCAUUGCAUGGGAGAGCUUUUGCCCUGAUGCAGCUAUGAUUAUUUGCAACAGAAUGUUGUUGGCGAUAAAGACGCUACAUUUAAUCAACCACACAUGAUCUGAUAGGGUGGGGGGACACUGGCCUGAUUGCUUUGGCAGUGGAAGCAUAUCUAAGAAAAGUUUUUUCAAAAAGCACCAAAAAGGGGCUCAGCAGUCCUUUUAUGGUUGGUCCAGUAAGGAAAAAUGCUUUAAUCAGCAGAAAUGGGGUUGAAAUAGUCGCAUUCCUAGCCCACCAAGUUCCUUUUAUCGAUUUUUCUUUAGUAACUCAUUUCUACUCUUCUGCCGCUGACUUAGCAUCCUGUGGCUGCGCAACUGAAAUUUACUUCACUUCCUGCCUUUUUGCAUUUGUUGUUCCUAGGGCUUUUCAUAUGAUUCUUUAUCCUGAGAUGAUAAUGAUUUGUUUCACUCCAAUCAGCAAUUAAUCUGUAAGCCUGGGGGGAAAUACGAAAGCAUAGUAAUAAUUUGGAGUUCUUGGCUCUCACCUUUUUGUGUUUUUCUCUGAAUAACUGACCACUGUAGCAUAUGGUGACUUGGGUAAUCACAAAGUUCAAAAUUCAAUACAAAUAAACAACCCUGGAUAAUAAACAGGAAUGACAAAACUUUAUUCCGGCAUAUGCACAAGUUAUUGGCUGAAGACUGUAGCAUGAAUAAACACGAUCUGAUAUGCUAGAUUUUGAUAAUGUAAAGGCAUAAAUAUUCAUUCUUCUAGGCAUUGUUCUUUUCACACAUUCCAAUUUUCUUUACUCUUUUUUCUAAUGUUUGCAGCGUUACUUGUGAUACUUGGCUUGUGUUCUUUUUAAGAGCUCUAGUAAGCACUGGGCAUUUUUGAGCAGUUGAGAUCAUGUUGCUACUAAAGAUCAAUUAUCCGACUUCAUAAUCUAUUGACAUAAAGCUAAUCCACACAGUUUUAACAUUGGGGUAUGUGAAUUAAAUGUAUAACGAGGUAUUGGCUUUUGCAUGCAUGAGACUGUACAGCCAGUUUAGAGAUCAGCUUAGACAUUUGAUAUGUGCAUGUGCUGAGGAAUGGAAGAGAGGGCAUUCUUAAGAGAGGCCCUUGACUCUGACACAUUGAGCGUCUUUCCCCUUGUAUUGGUUGGACAGAAUGUGACCUUUAAGGUCCAUGGGCUUCUCACUUUAAUUUUACUGAAGGAUUGAAGAAGGAAUUAAUGUUGUCUUUCUUGCCCUUUUGUUUUUAAUUGAUUAUGACCGUUAAUAUAAAUAGUUAAAUACUGAUCAGUAUAAACACUUAGGCAGUUCAUUCAGAUUCAGUUCGUAGUUCAAUUUCUUCCCUGUUGCAAAGAUAGGAUCUGGCAUUUCCUAGAAAUGUGGUAAUUAAUGGUCCCUAAUGAGAACGAGUAUGUGCAAACUGUUACUGCAGAUCAAAUCAUGAGCAAAUGAAAAGGCUGAAAUUUGAAGUUUUGCAUAUCAUAGUACAGUGGUACCUCAAGUUAAGUACUUAAUUCGUUCCGGAGGUCUGUACUUAACCUGAAACUGUACUUAACCUGAAGCACCACUUUAGCUAAUGGGGCCUCCUGCUGCCGCCACGCCGCUGGAGCACGAUUUCUGUUCUCAUCCUGAAGCCAAGUUCUUAACCCGAGGUAAUAUUUCUGGGUUAGCAGAGUCUGUAACCUGAAGUGUAUGUAACCUGAAGCGUAUGUAACCUGAAGCGUAUGUAACCUGAGGUACCACUGUACAUCAUUUUGUGUUUGCUAACAGGCACAGGAAGUCAGGACAAAAAGUUUAGGGCUGUUUCAAAGCUUGUAACUGAUCUGUGAGCCAGUUACUUUUAUUUUCUGCUGCUCAAGCAUGGGAUCACAUGAUGACAUAUAUGUACAGCAGCCAUUUCCUUGGUGAUUCACUUUUUAUUUUACAAAUGUGCCAUUAAGAUCAUGGUAAUUGCCACCACGUCUAAAAUUAUUUGCCCUAGUCUCAACAUUUCUCUAUUCUUAAUUACAAGUCUACAAACAAGACGUGGGGGGGGGGGGAAUGCUGGGAAUUAUUUUUGUGAGGGAACUGUACCUUUGUUGUGUAAUUAUUCGGCCACCCUGUUAAGCUGAAUAGCACAGAGUGAAGAAGUGUUAAGGAGAAUUCUAUUUAUUAUCCAUACAGCUUGUAUCUAGGCUGAAGAUACCUGCAAACCAGCCUACUCAUCAGACAUAAGAGUCCCACCUGGUUUCCAUUUGGCUUUUCCAAGGACUGUAUUUCAAUGCUAGCUCAGCAAUAGCCAUUAGCAUUGAUUCACCAAGCACACAGUGUGGCACUGUACUCCAUUACUAUUUUGGCCAUCUGUAUAUUAUAAUAUAUAUUAUAGUAUAAAUAAUGUUUGAAUAGCAAAUCAGUUUUAUUCAGGAUGCUUUGGGCUUGUGGUUUCUAUACUGCUUGGGUUUCUUUCUUUUUUCUUACGUAGCUGCCAUUGUCUUGCCUAUUCAUUCUCUCUGGGUUUUCCCCUCCCUGCUUUAGAACGAAGACACGGUUCAAUGUGUAAGCCUUCCCCAUCUCCAGCUUCUCCACCCUGCAAUUCCAGGGCAUCAUUUAUACAGAUGAAACCGAGAUCCUGUAUCAGCGGCCAUAACCCUGUCAGUAACAACUCAAAGCCAUUCAAAACGCCCAAAGACAAUCUAAUUACCUCCACUAGCAAACAGCACAUGGUCUUUUCUUCGAAAGUAUCAAGGGAUAAACCUUGGUAAGUUGCUGUUCUGGAAAACUUUUGGGUUUUUUCCCUUCUCCUUUUUCUUCUUAAUAUUUAUUAUAAAACAGGCAAGGAAAUUUAAUAUGUGGCUGAAUAAUGGAUCUCUUCUAGCGUUGGAGUAGUGUGUGUGUGUGUGUGUGUGUGUGUGUGUGUGUCUUAAAUAGAAGAUGGGCAUAUUGUUUUUGUGGUGUACCACAAAAUGACAUAAAAUAAACAAUCAGAUUAUAUCCACAAAACAAAGACAGCGCAAAUUAGUAGCUCAAAUGAAUUUAUCAACAUAGUUGAAUUGUCCCUCAAAGGAAGUCUGAGUGAACAGGUGAGUUUUAAGCAGGUACCUCAGUGCCAAUACUGCAGGUGCACACCCACUACUUUCCUGCCUCUCCUUAGUUCCUUGUGCUGUGUGCUCCAAAAUUUCCCCUUAAUUCUGGGUGUUGCUCUUGGUAGGAGGAGCUCCAGGAGCACAGCUGGAAGUAUAGAAUUCCCCAUUUGGUACUUGGAUCCCAGACAAUAGCUGUAUAUAAGAAUAAUACUGUUACUGCAUGAUUUGUGUGUUGUAUCUGCCCAAUUGCCCAAUUGCCUGUGGUGUUCUAUUUGACUAAUUCCUUGUGAAUUAUUUACAUACGGAAAUUCAUUCGUGGCGCAAGAGCUGGAAACUUCCAUUUAUGCCCUGUGGUAUGUGUGUGUGUACACAUGCAUAUGUGCACACCUAAAAAACCCGCCCCAGUCAUUUCAUGUUGCAGCCCCAUUGGCAUUAAUAGGAAAUGUUUGUUUAGUGGCAGGCCCAACCAGCUCUUAAGCAGAUACAGUAGAUUUCUGGGUACCAGUAAAAGGCAUCAAACUGUCAAUAAUUUCGUUUAUUGUUAUAUUUGUGCUGUCAUUCUGGACUGUAAUCAGCCCUGCAGCCCUGCUGCUGCAACAGACUUCCAUGCAUGCGACAGAACGUCAUCUUCAAAAACCACAGAGCCUAGGACUUGCCGAUCAGAAGGUCAGCGGUUUGAAUCCCCGCGACGGGGUGAGCUCCCGUUGCUCGGUCCCUGCUCCUGCCCACCUAGCAGUUCGAAAGCACGUCAAAGUGCAAGUAGAUAAAUAGGUACUGCUCCAGCAGGAAGGUAAACGGUGUUUCCGUGCGCUGUGCUGGUGCUGGCUCGCCAGCUGCAGCUUUGUCACGCUGGCCACAUGACCCGGGAGUGUCUUCGGACGGCGCCGGCUCACGGCCUCUAGAGCGAGAUGAGCACGCAACCCUAGAGUCGGACACGACUGGCCCGUAUGGGCAGGGGUACCUUUACCUUUACCUAAAGAACUGCAUGCAUUUUUUCAUGUUGUCAGCCACCUUGAGCAUGGUUUGAACUGUGGAAAGGUGGAAUACAAAUAUUUGUAUGUUUGUCUGUUUUGGGGAAUCUAUUCUACCACUCUUUUUUUCAAAAGCACUCUCUUCAUCCAUGAGAUCCUUCAUAUACCCUAGAAAGAGAAGAAAUAGAUACAGUGGUAUAAAAUAUACAAAACCCCCCAUAAAUUCUCUUAUUUAUUACAGUUGCCCAUGCCAAUUUGAUUUUAAACCAUUGCCACCAGCAGUACAUAAACUCAGCAUUGAGAUUACCCAACAUUCCAAUACCCCAAAUUAAUAUUAUAGAUUUUAUUUAUCCUGUUGGCGUUAAAUAUUGCUUAUAAGAACCAUCAAAUGUCUUUUUAAAAGCUAUAAUAAUGAUAAGCAUAAAUAAAACUGAUUCGGUAAGCCUGUUUUAGUAGAACCAUAUCCCUGCUCCUGCCCACCUAGCAGUUCGAAAGCACGUCAAAGUGCAAGUAGAUAAAUAGGUACUGCUCCAGCAGGAAGGUAAACGGUGUUUCCGUGCGCUGCUUUGGUUUGCCAGAAGCGGCUUAGUCAUGCUGGCCACAUGACCCAGAAGCUGUACGCCGGCUCCCUCGGCCAGUAAAGCGAGAUGAGCGCCGCAACCCCAGAGUCGGUCACGACUGGACCUAAUGGUCAGGGGUCCCUUUACCUUUACCUUUUUUGAAUGAGGACCUGUUUUUUCAGCCCUUUGGGGCUGCUUUUUAAUAGCACUUUACGCCAAAAGAGUUAAAACAUGCUUGAAUACUAGUGUCUCUGCACAUGUACAGAAGGAAGUCUCCCUUGCAAAACAAACCUUAGGCAUUGCUAAAUGACUGUCAGGAUCUCUAACAGGGCCUGCACUUCCUGAGAUCUGGAAAACUAGGACUUCAGCGAGGAAGUCAGAUAUACUAUAUCAUUUUUUACAGCUGUGGUGACCCUUUUCAUCAUGUCUCCUUUGUCCUGGAUUCCUGUGGCAGUCUUCAGUAUAUAGACCCUCCCUUAAUUUAUAAUCUAGAACAGCCUCUAAACCUAGGGCAUCAUAUUGCCAUAUCUUGCUCUGGCUUUCUCUAGAAAAAAUAAUAAUUUGUCAAUAUUGCAUUUGAUAUUUCUGUCCUGGAAACAUCUGAAGAAGAGCAACCUCAGGCCUUUGUGUGAUAGGAUAUGGGCUCUUGUAUCUUUAUUGCAGUUUUUAAUAUUUGACAAGGCCCAUUACUGAACAGUUUUCUUUCCUAAGGGACAAAAGUUGAACGCAUCGUAAUUGUAGCAUAUAGAGUAGAAAGGACGAUUCCUUUAUCUGUGAGAAUUAGAUUGGAUAUGCACUAGUUCAGACCUUCCAAGUGUCCCUGUUUUCCAGGGACGUCCCUGAUUUACAGAAGCCAUCCCGAUUUCUGAUUGGAUCCCAGAAUGUCCCGCUUUUCCUUAGGACAUCCCUAUUUUCAUUGGAGAAAUGUUGGAGGGUAUGGAGUUAUCCAACCCCCAAGCCAUCUGAAGGCAAUCCUGUAUAGGGAAGUUUUUUUUUAAAUGCUUAAUGUUUUAUUAUGUUUUUAUAUAUGUUGGAAGCUGCCCAGAGCGAUUGGGGCAACUCAGUAAGAUGUGUGGGGUAUAAAUAGUAAAAUUAUCAUUAUGGAAUGGGGCAUCCCUAUUUUCAUCGGAGAAAUGUUGGAGGGUAUGCUAGUUCAUUUGCUCUUAAUUAAAAAUGACAUAAUAUUAGAAAGGGACGUUACUGAUUUUCUCGGCUGCCAUUGUGCUGUUUCCAAUGUGAGACUUUCCUUUGGACCACAUUCGGUGAGACCAAACUUGGGUCCAUUAAAUUCUGUGGGUCUACUCCAAGUAAAAGUUAGUUGUAUAUGACCCAAUAAGAGGUUGUGAUUUUGCAAGUUAAUAAGGAAUUCAGACUUCCUUUGGAAAAGACAUUUCCUGAGGAGGGGAUAGGAGGAAUCACAUCAAAAUGGCUGAACCCCACUCCAUGACAACAUGGCGGCAGCAAAAAGCUGAUGAAAUAUUAGUUAAUCCCAGUAGUUAUUUUAUAUACCUGGGGGAAUGUCUGCUACUUUUUGUUCUUGGAUUAUAACGUCAAGAGUAUGAAUUCUCAAUAGGUAACAGGCAAUAUCCAUUCCAAAGUUGUCGUUUAUAGGCAAAAGGUAGCAACCACAGACUCAAACCCAUUUUAAAGCAGAGAAAACAGUCCUGUUUCUACUGAGAGGUUGAUCCAGAUUAAUUUUUCAAGCCUCUGUCCAGCAUCUACUGAAAAGCAGCACUUAGAAUCAUAGAAUUGUAGAGUUGGAAGGGACCAAAAGACCAAUCCUCUGCAGUGCAGGAAUAUUUUGCCCAGUGUGCGGCUCGAACCCACAACGCUGGAAUUAAGAAUCUCGUGCUCUACCAACUGAGCUAUCCCAACUUGUAUUCCGGUUGGCUAGGGUGUCUUUUCACCAAUCCCAUAUGUUCUCAACUACAGCUUUAUCACUAGGCUACCUCUACUCAUCCUAAUGUCUGGCUUCUUUGUCCCCCUUUACUGGAUUGCAGUUUUACGAGGUUUUUUUAAGGGAUAGGACCUGCUUCAUGGAAUCAGUUGUGGCUUUGACCCAUCUUCUUGCAAGUUGCCCAGUUUCAAAACUCAGUCAUUGUCCCUUGUGCAAAAUAAAGUUCUGAAUGAUUCACUUACCCAGGAAGUAUAUGCCAUCAUGUUUAUUGUAGAGAUAUACUUUGCUGAUGCAAGUUAGCUGUGAAAAUAACUCCAUUAUAAUUAAAUUCCAGCGCCCAACAACAGAUGCUAAAACACAGCCAGAGCUGGUUUAACCAUGUUGAUAUGAUAGAAUAGGGCCUCAUAUGCAGUGAUAGCCAGACAGCACUUCUGCUAAGUCUGUGUUGGGCUCCUUUAAAAUUCUGCACAGAUUGGAACACAGUGAAUAUUCUCUCAUCAUGUGACUAAAGGAGCAACAGCCCUCAUUUCCAACUGUAGAGAAAUUUAAAAACUGGUAAACACAGGACAGAUGCUGAACGUAGAAAAUCUUCCAUGAAUGAAAGAAUAGCGUAUCGUGAAAUGGAGAAAGAUAAUAUGGGUUGAAGGCAAAGGAGAGCAUAUGGAUGCAUGAGACAAGAGAGGCAUGGAGCUAUCGUUCUGCCUAUGACUACAUCUCUAUCUCUGUAUUUAUACUUCUGAAGUACUGAAAACAAGAAUAACAACAACAAAAAAGGAAUUGGUAUUUUAAAAGGGGAAAAAUUGAAUGCCCUUUUCAAAUUCUUAAAGCAACCAGGUUAAACAUUUCUUACAACAACCUAACUUUAAUGUGAAAUUUUACAAAAGGUACUGGCCAGAAUUUUGAUUGUGAAAUAUUUUUGGCAGUCAAAGAUCUUCUCAAUGUCCUAAUGAUGCAGGCUAUUUUGACUUACGGCACAUUUACCAAAUCUCAUACGUGGAUGUAAAAUCUGUAUUGGUUAAACUGUACACUGGGUUUUUAAAUGUUUGUGUCUGUUUCAGUGUAUUUUCCCUUUUCACUGGGCAGUGUGCAAGGCGGUUAACAUAAGUGUACUUAAAUCACAUCUCUAAAUAAAAUACAUUAAAUAAUAAUAAUAAUAAUAAGUAAAAUACCAGCAAGAUAACUAUAAAACAGAAAAGCCUUCUAGAAACCUUGGUUAUAAAGUCUUCAAAAUAAGUUAGUUUUAAUUUGGCACUGAAAUCAACACAGAUAAUUCACAAUGCCAGUGUCUAUUGCCAUGGUUUUCCAUUGGCUGGGCAGGAGGUUUCUGGCCUAACCAGUAAAGGCUGGGGCACCCAAAGAAUGGCCUCCAAUGAAGAUCUUUAAAAAUGCCAGUUUCCUCUUUUCUUUUUUCUCCUGUAUCAACAACAUUAGCUGAAUGUGUUUUUAGUCUUGUGUGUGAAAACUGCUUCUAAGUUUGACUGAGAUCACAAAGUGAAAUUAAGUAUGGUAAUAAUAUCAUAAAGCAACAAGACUUUAAUGGAGCCGGGAGAACUUAAAGCUGAGUGCAAUGAUCCUUCUUGCUUGCUUUGUAUACUUCUGCCAGUUCCACUUCAAAAUAUGUAUUUGUCAUCACAGUGUCUGGAAACUGUUUUUUUAUUAAUGAAGCACUGUUAAUAUUACACAAUCAGUGUACAUAGUCUUCUACAGAGUAAAGGUCUCUGUAGUCAUGGGACUUACAAUUCUGAGAGUCUGAAUUUGUGCCACAUUUUGCAGUAGUUUGGAACUGAAAUACAGAUGGCGAUCAUUUCGCAUAGGGGUUCCGUUCUGCUCCUCUGUUUCAGGGUCCGUUAGAUUUAUUAAAUGCUGUGACAAUAUUUAAAAGCAUGCCAUUAAAAUCUUUUAAGACUUCUCUUCUGUCUAUCAAACACUUUAGUUUGGAUGAUAAAUUUGAAAAUGUUAAUAUUCUUUUGACUCCUUUUAUUCCCUGUGAUGGGACGUGGGUGGCGCUGUGGGUUAAACCACAAAGCCUAGGACUUGCCGAUCAGAAGGUCAGCAGUUCGAAUCGGGUGAGCUCCCAUUGCUCGGUCCCUGCUCCUGCCAACCUAGCAGUUCGAAAGCACGUCAAAGUGCAAGUAGAUAAAUAGGUACCGCUCCGGCGGGAAGGUAAACGGCGUUUCCGUGCGUGCUCUGGUUUACCAGAAGCAGCUUAGUCAUGCUGGCCACAUGACCCGGAAGCUGUACACCGGCUCCCUCGGCCAAUAAAGCGAGAUGAGCGCCGCAACCCCAGAGUUGGUUACGACUAGACCUAAUGGUCGGGGUCCCUUUACCUUUACCUUUAUUCUCUGUGAUAGAGGCCUGCACCAUACAGCCAGUAAGCCUUAUAAAUUUACACUAUUUCAAGAGUAGGCAUAAUAAUAAUCAAAGAGAAAACAAUUUUAAAAACAAGUACGCAUAGGUUUUUAAAAAUACAUACAUAUCCCACCACUUAUAUUUUUGUGUUUAGAACUGGCCUUUAAGAAAAUAGUGUGCGCACAUGUUAAUAAACAGUAUAACUAAAUGUGCCGGUUUUAGGUUAAUUCCAGGGUUAGUGGCUGUAAUGUGAAACCAAGCAUGGAAGGAAGUUGAGAGACUAUAUGUCGCAUGGUCAGAAAACACAUCUUGAAGACUUUUUCUUUGGUAUUUCAGUGUUCCUGUUCCCGUAGUCAGUCUAGAGAAAAUUCCUAACCUAGUGAAGGCAGAUGGUGCCAAUGUUAAAAUGAACUCUGCAACCACUACCACCAGCUCCACCUCCUCGGCCUCUUCAUCUACCACAUCCGCUCCAAUUAAAUCUGCUUUGACAUGUAAAUUGGUGCCACCAUCGCCAGAAAAGAUUUUGAAUGGCAAAGGCGUCAUAGCUCCAUCAAUAGACAAGAAACACCAAAACGGCACUAAAAACAGUAACAAGUCUUACAAGAGAGUUUCAGGUAAGUAGCAUUGUAGCAUGACUUGAUGAGAUCCCAUCAUUCUUCGUUAGUAGCGUUUGUUGCUAUUUAUUAUAUGCCGUAGCUAUUAUUUUACAUAAUGGUGAUCUCGGCCCACAUGUCAAAUCUGUUUAUGCGUCAAUACCGAAGCACAACUUGCCUCACACUUUAUAUUGGUGUUCUGGCAUUAUUUCUUAAUUUUGCAAAACGCAAUAUAACGUAGGAGAACUAAGGAACAAAUUCUGUAAAAAUCAAACAGGAUUAUCUCAUAAAGGAGGUUGUUGGCUGCGCUUCCCUUCAGCGGUAUUUAAAUAAAAUGGAUUUGGAUCUGAAUAUUUCCUUGCCCCAGUGGAAGGUGGGAACCUCUGGAACUAACCCCGUGUUCCCAAAUUUGAACAAGCAAAAAAAAGCAAUUGAUUUGCACAUAGUACUUCCUCUCUCUUGGUUAAAGGUAGGUGUCCUUUACUUGUCUCAUCGGUCAGCAUUCCCUUCAUGUGAAUAUUCAUGCCUUUGUUGGAACAAAGCAUUGCUGUAAUGACACAUAGCUUUGCUCAUUGCAUUUCAACUGGCAGUCAUGCACUGUAUAAACUACUAACUGUUGACUUAUUACUGUACUCCUAAAAGCUUAAAGGAGUAAAGAUCAUUUCAUGUGUACUGAAGAUGACCAGAACGCCUUCUAAUGCAGGGAUGUUGCUUGUACAAUUCUAUUUGGACCAUGAUAUAGGAAAGAACCUGAUUUUUUAAAAAGGUGUUUUGUUUGUUUUCAGCGCUUAAAAUCUGGACAAUGCAUAAAAUUUGAAAAGUAAAGAUAAUCAUUGGCUCUGGGCUCGUAGCCAUGAUAGACUUGCAAGAUAAGGAAUAGAACAAGAGAAAGGAAUAGAGGAUGGGAAAGGAGGAGUAACCAUGGGACGCUUAGGAAAUGAUUAUUUUCAACGGGUUGCUUUUCUUAAAGGGAAGGAACAUAAAGUGGGCCUCCGGAGGAAAGGGAUAGAUUGAAGAAGGAAGGUUAAUGGGAGAGUGGAGAAUGUGGUGGAAGAUGGAGAAAUAGGAAAGGUGUAGCGGUCCAAAGGUACGAAGAUGCUUGAAAGCAAGAAAGUUAGUGGUAAAUCGAAACAAGAGGAAAAGGGAGAAUAUUCAGAGCAAUUCAAGUGAAGAAAGGAACUGAGAGUAGGACAAAGGUCAGAAAUAGGAGGACCAAAAAAUAGAAUCUUACAGUGAAGCAAGUCUAGAAUUGAGAGUUAUGUGAGCAAGAAAAAUAAAUGAUAAUUAAGAAACAUUUGAGGUGAGAAAGCAAAGCUGAACAAUCAAGUCAUCUUUGUUCAAAUGUUGGGGGAGAAAUGUAUGCAAUGCCUGAGUAAAGUAUUAGCGCUUAACAUUAAAGGAGGGAAACUACAAUUUUGGAGAAAUUUGUGUGUGCUGAAAUACUAGCUCUUGUACGAAGGAAAUUAUCCACUCGCCCCCUUUGAUUAUCCAGCUGCUUUGUGCAUGUUGCUUCAAAGCUGCAGUGUCUUUUUGCAAUUGGACAAGCCCAACUGAUAACUCCCUAAUGAGAGAGCACAUAAAUGGGAAAUGCACAAAUAUGGAUGCUGUCUUUUUAGCAGACAAUUCAGAUUACUUCGUAUAUGUAUAGUUUUCAUUAUCUCAUUUUAGUGGUUUAGUUCAAAGGCAGCAUCAGGUGUAUUUGGCUCAAGACUGUGUGCCCUUGUCAUCCAGCAAUGUGAUGCUUCUAUGAAAUGAGUGAAAAGCUUUCCGGGAAGUUUUAUUUUUCUCAAAGAAUUGACUUUUAGCAGGCCUGUGAAAUAAAAGAACAUUGAAAGAUUGUAUUUGAUCAUUAAUGGUUAUUUGGCAUGUUUUAUUAAUACCUUAGGAAUACUAAACAGUAAUUGGUCUGAUAGUAUUUGAAUGUACACAUUCGUAUUAGCAUAGUUAUAUAGAUGUUCUAAGAAGAGACGAACUUUCCACCAUAGCAUUAGUCUAAUAAUAGCAGCUCCCUGUCCUCCUAGACUUUAUUAUGUGUUGCACAGUACUGUUCAGUCUUCACAGAUCUGGCACUCAUUCAUGAUUAGGGGGGUCUCUUCUUAAUUUUUUACCAUGCAUGUGUUUGGAUGUUAGUGCCAACAGUGAGCGUUACCUUCUCUUAGUCUGACUUAGUUGUGGGUCCUGACCCACCAGUUGAAGUAUAGCUGUAGGUUACUUGAAACGGGUAUCUUACAGACUCAAAGUUUAAUAGGUCGACAGGAGGAGUUCCCCAGUUGUGGAACACUCAUCUGAGAAUACCUCUCCAUGUUCUCUCAGUUUAAGUACACUUUACAAUAUCCUCUGCCCAGGGAUGAUAGUGAAGAGGCAAUGUUGGUUUGAUAGUAAAGGCUGUGAGUGGUAUGCUAUACGGAGUAAAUGAAUAGUAUCCUCUUUCUCAGCAUUGGCUGGUCCCCAAUUGGAGUAUGGUGUUCUGCACUAGGUGCCACAAUGAAAGAACAUUGUCAACAAAGAGGAAAAGUUCAGAGGAUUCUGUGAUGAGGGUGACAGAAGGUCCAGCAGGCAAGUCAUAUAAGGAAAGGCUGAAGGAGUUGGGUAUGUGUAACCGAGACAAGAUUAAGGGCAGAACAAUAUUUUAAAGAAUGUCAGAAAGCAAAGUUGGGAACGUAUGUUUACCACAGUUAGUAAGGGAGCACAAUUAAAUGACCUGUUAAACAUGUAAUACCAAACUGUGAUCUGGCAUUACAUGAGCAAGUCUUGGGCUUGCAUGUUCCCUUGUCCCUCAUGCACUCCAGUUCCCUCACUGACUUCAGUUUUGGGCAAACCAUAGCUUGCAAUUGCAUCCAAAUGAGCAAGCUAUCAUGUAUGCUUUUCUCCUGACAUUAAAAACGAAACAAACAAAAAAACAAAACACCUUGGUGGAGAAAUAGAACAAAAUAAACACAAGAAAGAUCUUUGUAAUUAGUGCAUAAUUAUGCCAUAUUCAGGAGUGUUUGCAACCAUUCGUAAGAGCUAAUGCUGGACCUUUAACAUGCAGUCUGCCAAAAGUUGCAAGUGGCAAGAAAUUGGUAGAAAAUGAUCCUCUGAACCAUCCUGAGAAUUCUUAUCACAUUCUUGGCUCUGUUACGUAAUAGUAAAAAUGACACAUUUUAUUGUGGGAAAGUCUUCUGAUCCCAUUAAUUUCACCACUCACGCUUUGAUCAGAGAUCCAGAAUUCUCUGGCCUUUGCAGAUUGAGAAAGGGGCAUGUCUGUUCUGUUUUUGAAUGACAUACCUUGAAAGGCACAUACUUAAAUUUAGUGUUGUGCUUUGUUUAAAUGGCAGGAUCUAAACACUGUUUUGUAUUAGUGAAACACUUUUUCAUGUUUGAUGAUGCCUUUGUGCAUGCAGAUUGGGUCCAAUCCUUGACCUUAAGUGGGGAGCCCAUGGCUCUACCUAAUGCUAAUUUUCUUCAACUCCCAUUGACCAGUACAGGCAGUGAUGAUGUGAGCCAUAGGUGCCAACUGCCUGGGGCCCUAGGGCACUGACAAAAGUCUCCAUGAAGGAGCCGGGCACCCACAAAUUUUGGUGCCAGGGCCAUGCACACAGCAUGGCACCCCCUGGCUCUGUAAAACUUUUUGCCUGGAUGGAAGAGUGAACAGGUAAGCUACUGCAUGUGAGCUGAUCGAAAACCCUUAGCAGGCCAGAUCGUGGCCUGUGGGCUUUGUGUUGUCAGCCCUGAUCUGUAACCAAAACACGAUGAUUGGCCAUUGCUUUGAUCCUAAGAGUAUGAGUAGCCCAUAACUUUUCUGAUAGAGCAGUUGGGACAAGCAGCUCGUGUUGUCCAAGCAACAGGAAAUGGAGGGAAGGAAAAGAAUAGUUCCACAUGCCUUCUAACAGGUAUGCGAGUUCUUCUGCACACCUACGCCCAUGGAAAGAAGCCUGUAAUCUCCAUCAUUCUCCCUCCCUCCAGGUCUUUCAUUACAUUUCAUAUUGAGCUUAGUGAAGUACUAAUAAAUCCAUCCAUUACACAAGAACAGCAUGGGAAGCAGGCCUGCACCAGCCGUUCCCUUUGCUACAUUAAAUGCUCUGCUGUUAAGGGGUAGGUGAUGCUGGUGGGGUCGUUUUCAAGCUUCAGUUCAAGAAGCAGAGCAGAACAGAGAAAUUAGCUUUGUUACUAACUAGAUAGGAGUCUUGCUAAGUUUCUGUGUGAGAAUGAACUUGUGUGUCUGUGAAUCUGUUGUCUGCAAGCAUCAUACCUUGAUGUAGGUAUGCUAAAAAUCAGAAUGUGUUAAGGAAAAGUACAAUAUCUUUAUAUAUUUAUUCUCAUCUGCACCAUUAAAGUGUAUUUAGUUUUUGUUUCAUGUCACUUUAAACAUGUUAAGGUUUUUUUAUUUUAAAAAAAGGGAGAAAAUCUUCUCACUUUAUUAUAAUUAUUAUUUUCAAACAGAAAGAGAGUUUGACCCAAAUAAACAUUGUGGAGUAUUGGAUCCUGAGACAAAGAAACCCUGCACAAGAUCACUCACCUGCAAGGUAGUUUUCUUGUUAAUUUAAAUAUAUAUAAUGCUUUGCCGUGACUGACAUUUUUACUAACGUAUAAAGGUCAUUCUGAUACGUCGUGUAUUUUUAAAUAGCCAAGAGCAACCCCAUAUUAAAUCAAUAGGGUGAUUUGUGCACCGUGGUUAUUCAUUGCCAAAAAUGAAUGAAUGAAUGAAUGAAUGAAAACAAUAGUUAUGCAGUAGUGCAGUCCUCAUUUAUGGAUAGGCUUUAUCUUUUUUUCUUUUCGUAGCUAAUGCAUAGGGGUUAAGCACUUGAUGCUUUGAAGACACAGGUGUUUGCUGGAUGAAGUGUUGAUGGCUGGAGGAGUAAGGGAGGCUGACAAGGCAUUUAAUGGCAGGUUUCAGGCAUUGGAGUGCAAGGAGGGACAGCAAGAGGAACCAAACAAAAAUCCCUUUAAGUAGAGUAAGCAUUUCCCUGUCUCUUCUCAGUCCUGGGGAGGGCAGAAAGGAGCUUGUCUCAUCGCAGGAGCUCCCAAACUCAGGCCUCCAAAGCCCAGACCAACGUUAUCUGACCAGGAAUAUCCCAUUUGGUGGUUUCCAAUUAAAGGGUUGAAGCACACAGACGUACCUGAGCUGUUUGUCAUAUAUGACAACUUACUCCCUUAGCUAAGGAAAAUCCUUUUAAGGCCAUAAUUUAACAGAUUACAAAGGGGUAGGGGAGAAUAGUAAUAUUUGCCUUCCCUUUUAAGAAAUGUGGAAAAGUCAGGGUGCAGUUGAGUAACUUCAGCAUUGCAGCUCCCUUUUCAGAGUAAAGAAAAUUGAGGUCAUAUUUUUGACUGAUUGACUCUCUCCACCCAAACUGAGCACCCUUGUCUUUAGGAUAUAUUGCCUUUUCUAAAGACAGGAACACCAGUUUUUUACCCAUUAAUUUAAAAACGAAAGGAAAAUAUUCCUGCAACUUUGUUUUGAAUGAAUUAAAGAGCUGUUCUUAUUUUUUUGGUUUGGUUUUAUUCUCUUUGUAAACUGCUUUGAGGAUUUUUUUAAAACUGGUGUAUAAAUUUUAUGACAUAAAUAAUAAAUAAACUUGUAGAUGAAAAGCUAUUGAACAUUUAUGUUGAAGGUACAGAGAAUGCAAUUUCCAGGUCUGGUUUGCAAUUAAUUUACACAAUAACAUCAUGGAACUUAUGCUAUUUCCUGGAUUAAUAUAUUCUGUUUUUAUAUUCACACCCCCAUUUUUUAAAACCACAAUGCUACUAAUGUGUAGAGUGUUUUCAUGGAAAGUUUUCUUAUCACCAAAAUAAUGUUUCAUUAAAUUGUAUGUGCCUCCAAGGACAGGUGAACUAACCUGUAUAGAAGAACUGUUUCGUCUUGUCAUAAAAUCAAUGAUCAGUCAAAUAUUUCUAGCUAUCUCCUAGAUUAAUAUUUUAAUUGAUUUUUAUAUUUACACCCCCCAAAAUUUUCAACUACCCUAUUUUUUAGACUCAUUCACUUAAUCACCGGCGAGCAGUUCCAGGCCGUAAAAAACAGUUUGACAUUCUCUUAGCUGAACACAAAGCUCGAUCGCGGGAAAAAGAAGUAGCAAAAGACAAGGAGCAUCCGCAAUGUAUAAGGGAAACUCAUCAGCCCCAGCCUGUGCUAGUCCAAGACGCUCUGUCGGGAACAUCAGUGAACUCUGGGCAAGAACCCAAAGGAACGUCGCCUGCAAAAUCAAGACUGCCCAAUUCAGCAUUUCCUAGGUAAGUAGGCGCAGAAUUCUGGCAUUCAGUGAGUAUUUCCACAGGAAGUAGUGGGCCCAGGGAAAUGCCAAAUUAUGAUAUGAGCAAGCUCAAAUUCAGUGCCGUGGAUAAAUUAUGGAAAUCAUAUUUAUUUGUGUGUGUGUGUGUGUGUGUGUGUGUAUCCCUCAUGAGCAGUGCAAAAUUUCAGAGACUGGGGGAUAGUCUCUAUUCAGACUCUAGCAAAAACCAGGAACUUGUUUUCCAACUUUCCACAAUCAGGGCUUGAAAGUUGCACCUUUUUAAUGAAGUAGGAAAUGAUCAGGUUUCAUUCAGAAUUCUGCAAUUCAGUUCCUGAUAAAAGUCCCUGCAGAUUUCAAGCCUUUCUAAAUUUCUGAUAUAAAUGUUGUAGUAAAUCUACUAUACUUCAAAAGCUUCUGUGCUUUCUGUGUAGUGGGGGCAUUGAAUGGUGCAGCAUUUUGUAUCUUCUCCUUUUCUGUAGGAAAUGUCUAUUUUCCGAUCCAGACUUUCUGUCUAGCAGUAAUGCAUUUAAUGUUUCAGUACUAAUGGCAUUUUGAACCAUAUAAAGAUGGAUUUUUGUAAAAGGUUUUUAUGUGCAUAGUUUAUUGAAACACACACACAGCUCAAUCCUAUGCACAUUUAUUCAGAAGUCAGGAACAAAGAAUUCAGAGGGACUUAGGUAAAGGUAAAGGGACCCCUGACCAUUAGGUCCAGUCGCCUACGACUCUGGGGUUGCGGUGCUCAUCUCGCUUUACUGGCCGAGGGAGCCGAUGUUUGUCUGCAGACAGUUUUUCCGGGUCAUGUGGCCAUCAUGAAUAAGCCGCUUCUGGCAAACCAGAGCAACGCACAGGAACGCCGUUUACCUUCCCGCCGGAGCGGUACCUAUUUAUCUACUUGCACUUUGAGGUGCUUUCGAACUGCUAGGAUGGCAGGACUUACUGCUUACUUAAUGUGUUUGUAGUACAGGUGACUCUCAACUUAGUGGGGGUUAUGUUCAGGAGACAGCGCAGAAAGCCAAAUUGUGUAUAGUCAAAACACAUUGGGUUCAGUGGUGGGUGGGAUUGCCAACGUCUUUUUUCCUGUAAGCCCAGCCCCCGUUUUUGUUUUUGUUUUGCAAAGUGUCUAAAGCUGAAUGCACACAAGAUAAAUGUGUGUAAGUUGUGAGUUAGGUGUCUAAGGCUUCCAUCGUAAACAUGCUUAGGAUGUAAUAAGUUUUAUUGAGCAUGGUGACAUUUACUCUGGAGUAAGUAUGUGUUGCGGUAUCCUACUGCAAGUUUCCUUUUAGCUAGGAAGGUAGCUGUGGAGUUUGAACUUUGUGUUGGUCAUUUUACCCUCUUAGGCCUUCCUCUGCAAACAGCAUAAAUAGCACUAGUUCUUCAAACCAUGGUGGUUACGCUCCAGAACUGCCUCUGCCUUCUAUGGGAGGAGAUCUGCCUAGCAGAUUAUCUAGUGACGAGGGCGAAGUGGAGGGAUCCGAAGAAUCUGAGAAGUUAGACUGUCACUAUUCCGGACACCAUCCUCGACCUCUUGGGGUAUGUCUUUUUAUCUCCAGUAACCCUCUUCAUUGCUGACAUUUGUGACUGGCUGUAUACACUUACGAAAGAAGUACCUCAUUGCUGAAAGCAUGUGUGUUAUAUAAAGACACAUCUUAUUAACAAACUGGCUGUGUUUGCAUGUGAUGCUAAACCAUGGUUUGCUUAACCUGAGUAUGAUUUGCCUAAACAUUUGAACCUGCUCUGAGCAAGUAACCAUGGUUUACAUUUUAACAAGCCACCAUUUGAACUCGUGAUUGCUUGGCUUAUGAAUUGUGGCUUGGUACCAUGGUUUGUCAUUACACCCAAACCUAAGAUCCUGGAGUAACCUUGGUUUGUUUGAGCACCCCACCCCAGCUAUUCACCAAAGUGCAGAGGCAAGGCUGUUGGAAAGUGAAAAUACUCCCCAGGCUAAAAGACCUGUGCUGGGUUCUUUUCCAGAAGUAGCCCUCUCUCUUCAUACUGACUUUCCCCACCCAACUCUUCCAUGGCAUGUCCUCAUUUAUUGUAUUUUUCACUCUAUAGGACGCACCAGACCAUAGGAGGGGAGAACAGGUGAAAAAAAAUCUCCCCCUCUCUGCUCAGGGCCCCUUCAGCGAAGUGGCAGGAGAAACGGAGCCCCUUCCAUUUCUCCUCCUGCUUCGCUGAAGGGGUGCUGCGCAGAGAGGGAAAGCUGUGCAGCGCCUCUCCAGCGAAGCGAAGCCUGGAGAGCAAGAGGGAUCGGUGUGCACCGACCCCUCUCGCUCUCCAGGCUUCAAGCUGCUAUCCGCAAGCCUUCCGAGCGCAGCGGGAACUCCUGCUGUGCUCCGAAGGCUUGCGGAUAGCUGCCUGAAGCCCCCGGAGCGCAGCCUUUGAAGCCUCCGCAGAGCAGCGGGGUGCCUUUACCCCGCUGCCCUGCGGAGGCUUUGCGCAGCUAACCCCAAGCUAGAACAGCGAGACGGAGCGCUGCACAGCGAGACGGAGCGCUGCACAGCGCUCCGUCUUCCUGUUCUGGCUUUAGGCUUAGCCGUGCAGCCUGCAUUCGCUCUAUAGGACGCACACACAUUUACGCUUAAUUUUUGGAGGGGGAAAAGUGCGUCCUAUAGAGCGAAAAAUACGGUACUUUGUAAUUCAUAAUCGAAGGCAAGGGUGAGUGAGGAACCUGGGGCCCUCCAGAUGGUGCUGGUGUCCCAUCACCCCUCACAGCUGACCAUAUUGUCUGGGCUGAUGGGAGCUGGAACUCAACAAUAUUGGAGGUUCUCAGGUUCUCCAUCCCUGAUCUGAGGUCUCCCAAGUUGGUGAGCUGCCCUGCCCAACGUUGCUCAAACUUUGUAUGCCAACGUCAGUCUACACAAUUGUACCGUUGCAUUGCUGCAGAUCAGUCAGUCAUGUUGAAUGAAGGAGACCACAAGCUGUGAACGUGCAGAUCUAAUUGCUUCUAUCCUUAGUAGGGAAAUAGAUUUAUGUUUCAGCUAGAAGGCAACUCAUUAAUAUUGAAAAACAACCGAAUGUAAGAUGGCCUCAGGUGAGACCUGAGGUCCACCUAGUGAUUGAAGGCAGAAAUUGCUGUUCAUUUGCAGAAGCUCCUGGAUCUCAAUUCACUCUGGGACCGGUUCUGUUUCUGGUUUCACCUUGAGUGGUUGUUGAGUGCACACUUCCUCCUUCCUUCCUUCAAUUUAGGUGUAUUUUUGUUCCCUUCUUGGUUUGUGUGUAUGUUUUCCAUGGAGCCCAUCUAGAUGCCUAUUUUCCAGUAAACUCUCUCUCUCUCUCAUAUCAGUUUGUCUGUCCAUUCCCUAGGCUAGUUCCUGAGGUCUCCCCGUUUUCCCAUUCCUACCUUUUGCCUUUAAGUGGUAAUAAUAAAAGAGCCCUUGUCACCUGUGUCCAUUUUCAUCUUUUUCCUGCUCCACAGAAGCCCUUUCCUUUGUGAAGAUUGUGCCCCCAGUCAUUCUUCCUUCUCUGUCUCCAGCAGACCUGUCGUGCCCCAGACUUCUUGUUUAGCUCCAAGCAAAGUGUUUUGCAGCAAUUAGGGAAAAGCAGAGGGAAAAUUACCUGUGCUUCCUUAAAUGAUGCACACAGCUCUCUUGCCAAACCAGAAGGCUGUAUUUUGGCCUCUAUGGUUAAUGUAGAUGCAAAUGACCCCUGCGCCUCCCAGCUUGAGGAUGGUUUGGGAUCAUGAAUGUGCCUCAGGAGAUUUCAGCGUUCCCAUCUGAUGCCCAUCUCUCCCACUGGGUUGGAGGAAAGAGGAGCCAGGAGCAGUGGUGUAUGUCUUUUGCCUUAUUGCCACUGGUCUUGUGUUCUGUUCUCUGUAUGGCUUGUCAUAAAAGAACCGGCCAUAUGGUUCAAUUGAUACCCAGAAGCUUCUGCAAAUGAACAGCACUUCCUGACUUCAACCACUAGGUGGAACUCUAGUCCCACCUGAGGUCAUCUUUAGAUAUACAGUGGUGCCCCGCAAGACGAAAUUAAUUCGUUCCGCGAGUUUUGUCGUCUUGCGAUUUUUUUCGUCUUGCGAAGCACAGUGUCGGGAAAGUUUUGAAAAAGCUUCAAAAAUCACCAAAGUCUUUAAAAACCUCCAAAAAGGCUACCACACCGCGUUCUCUGAGUGGCUCCUCGAAGUCAAGUCGCAACUGUAUUAACGGUGUUAAGAAAAAGGAAACAAACUUGCAAGACGUUUCCGUCUUGCGAAGCAAGCCCAUAGGGAAAAUCGUCUUGCAAAGCAGCUCAAAAAACAAAAAACCCUUUCGUCUAGCGAGUUUUUUGUCUUGCGAGGCAUUCGUCUUGCGAGGUACCACUGUAUUUAGAAGAGGCAUAGGCAAACUUGGCCCUCCAGAUGUUUUGGGACUACAACUGCCAUCAUCCCUGACCACUGAUCCUGUUAGCUAGGGAUGAUGGGAGUUGUAGUCCCAAAACAUCUGGAAGGCCGAGUUUGCCUAUGCCUGAUUUAGAAGAAUGAUUUCACAGUUAAGUCCAAAGAUCCUUAACUAAUUUGCAAUCUUGGCUCCCUAUAGUAUACCCUGAAGCUCUUCUGAUUUCAUGAAUAUCUUUUGUUUUAGCCUAUUUGUGUGAAAUUCCUUGUCUCAUUUAAUCUAAUAGUAGAUUAUACUUUUUUACCAGGUAGAUGACCUAGGAGCGAAAGUAGGAUAAUAGCUAAUACAAAGCUAAUAACAUCCUCUAAAAUUAUAGUAUUUAAGGCUGUAGCUUUUGCAAAUGCAAAUGUUAAUGCAAUUUGUGGCUUCUCCCAUGUUGUGUUUUGUGAUGACUUGCAUCUUACUAGACGAUGCAUGCACAGCAAGCCAGAGACCGCAAUAUUUUUUUUUUACGGCAGCGUAAAUUUAGGGAUGUUAGUUACAGAUACCAGAAGUGAUAUACAUCCAAAUCACCUGAAAAUGAAAUCAAGAUUUGGGGUAAAAGGAGAAAGCCAUAGGUAUUUACUAAUGCAAUUAUUUUCACUAGACUCAAACAGAUAGCAUUUUUAAACUUCUGUAGUCAAUGUAUUGAUCAGCAGCAUCCUUUGAUUUUUGCAAGAUCCCUAUAUCUUUUCCCCUUUAUCCUUUCCAGUUUUGUUCUUUUGGAAGUCAUUUGAUGGGAAGAGGUUACUAUGUGUUUGAUAGAAGAUGGGAUCGUUUUCGACUAGCACUGAAUUCCAUGGUGGAAAGACACUUAAACUCACAGAUGUGGAGGUAAGUAAACAGCUUCUGCUUUCAUGUUAUCCUACAGGUCUAAGAGUGGGGUAUGAGAGCAGAAAAUAACGCCAAUGUAUUUCACAUCUGUCACCUCAAAGGGUUUUUUUAAGGGGGGAGCAGGUAAGCUCCGUGCUGCAUAUAAUUGAUCACAACACACAGUGCAUGCACCCAUUUUGAAUGGCAAUGCCCAUCAACUUUGAGCCCCCUCAAAUACAUUAUUUUGGGGGAGGGGCUGAAGGGAGCUUGGUCCCUAGAAGUUGGCUUCUAUGGCCCCUUUGGUUUCAGAUAGUGCAUGGAUAGAGGAGUCUAAAAAUCCCGGGACACAAAUUUUCACGGCCCUCUAGAGUCUAGCGGCUAUGGUGGUUCAUUUACUAGAAUUAAUGUAUUUAGUGUUAACUCUGGAAGUGAAUAUACUCGAUUCUAACUAAACUAAAAAAAACACACAACUGUAGAGGUAGAAAAGGUGCAGAAACAAUCGAGAAGUUUAGAGGACCUUCUUCAUGGGGAAAGGUUAGAAUGUUUGUUCAGUUUUGCUUUGUUUUAACCAGGAAAAAAUGUGAAUGAGAGACAUAACAGGUUUAUACCAUUAUGGAUAGGAUUCAGAAGUGGAUCAAGAGAAGUUCUAUACUCAACUCAACUAGCUUGAUUGGCCUGACAGAUUCAGGGCAGCCCCCAAAGAGAGUAGUAUUCUGCACAAUGUAUUCAGUGUCAUUGCCAUAAUCUGUGGUGAUAUCCACUGGCAGAGAUGGCUUUAAAGGGAUUUAUACCAAUUCAUAAGGGCUCUCAGAGGCUAUUUGUCUUGAUGGUUAAAUGAAGCCUCCACUGUGACCAUAGGAUAGAAAACUGCCGGAAGAUCUUGUGCCUCUUCCUCGUUCACUGUGUGACCCCCACAGGACCCAGGCCAUUAAAAGCAAACUCUGUGAACCUCCGAAGAUUGGGGCUGUGAUUGCCAUUUGCACUGUCUUGAACUUGGAUGUUGCCACUUGUAACAUUUGCCUGAAGGAACAUUGCUCACUUGUUCUUUAGUGGUAAUUUAUUGAUGACCGCCCUGAGACCUCCGGGUAUAGGACAGUAUAUAAAUUCAAUAAAUAAUAAUGAUAAUAAUAAUAAUAAGGUAAAGGUAAAGGUACCCCUGCCCGUACGGGCCAGUCUUGACAGACUCCAGGGUUGUGCGCUCAUCUCACUCUAGAGGCCGGGAGCCAGCGCUGUCCGCAGACACUUCCGGGUCACGUGGCCAGCGUGACAAGCUGCAUCUGGCGAGCCAGUGCAGCACACGGAACGCCGUUUACCUUCCCGCUAGUAAGCGGUCCCUAUUUAUCUACUUGCACUUUGAGGUGCUUUCGAACUGCUAGGUUGGCAGGCGCUGGGACCGAGCGACGGGAGCGCACCCCGCCGCAGGGAUUCGAACCGCCGACCUUUCGAUCGGCAAGUCCUAGGCGCUGAGGCUUUUACCCACAGCGCCACCCGCGUCCCUAUAAUAAUAAUAAUGAGGUACAAUAGUUGGAACUUUGGGGGUCAGACUUGAUACAUAGUCUUCUGUUAACUUUGCACAUCCCAAUACUAAUUGGUUGUUAAUGUUUAUGAUAGUCCUUCUAUAUUUGAAGUUAUUUGGAUUGGAGUAGAUUGUCUGGUGAAUUCAAGGAACUUGCGUGGCAGAGGGAGGGAGGGCUGAACGUGGCUGGGGGAGGCAUGAACAACAUCUCCUAUCCCCUGCAGUGUCUCCUGGUGUUGGCAGGAGAAUGGGAGAAAUAGGACUUAACCGCUUAGGAAACCUACUCUGACACUUGAGUGGAUCAGGCCCAGUUAUGUAUAUGAUUUGAGUACUACCAGCACAACUGUGGUGUUACUUCUUUUUGAGAACCCAGAUUAAACUCAAUUGAUCAAAGUAAGUUUAGGAGCGUUCCUGAUUAACUGGUAAGUAGAAAAGAAUGGAAGGAAAUUUCACAUAAGACGGCUGGGCGGGGAAGGUGGGAGAGCAUACGUGAUUGAGUGGCAUAUACCCUCAGUCCAGUGUGAAGUAAGAGGAGGCCCAGUUGAAAGAAUCUGGAAAUAAAUCCCAAAAUGUAAUGAAUUGGAACUGGUAAAUUAAAACUAUCUAAUAAAUCAUAUUUGUGCGUAUGUGUUUUUUUGCUCAGUCCUUGUAGCGAAGCUGAGUUAAGAGGUGCCCGAACCUCAAAGUAUUUAUUUUUCUUUCCUGUUACAGGAAAAUCCCUCCUGCGGUGGAUAGUCCGAUGCCCUCUCCAGCAGCACAUAUCUCUACCCCUUUUCCAGCAUCGGUUUUGCAACCUUUCAGCAAUCCUAGUGCAGUGUAUAUUCCUUCGGCGCCCAUCAGUUCAAGAAUACCUUCUUCCUACUUGAUGACUUCUGCCAUGUUGUCCAACGCGGCUUUUGUGACUGCAUCGGAUACAAAUUCCAUUAUGUCGCACACUACGGCGUUCCCUCACGUGGCUGCCAGCCUGAGUAUUAUAGACUCGACAUUUAAGACCCCGUCGGCCAUGUCACCUGUGCCAGCCGUUAUCCCUCCCCCAUCCCACAAGCCAUCCAAAACGAAAACCAGCAAAUCCUCAAAAGUCAGAGAUCUCUCGUGCCGCGGUGAUGAGUCUUCUAGCAACAAAAAGAAAAGGCCGCCCUCUUCUUCUUCCUCUCUAUCUUUGCAGACUUCCUCGUCUCCCUCCUCUUCCUUUUCAGGGUCUCACAAAAAGAACUGCGUCUUGAACCCCAGCUUGACCUUGAACUCUUAUCAGGCCACAUCUUCCUAUAACAGUCUGUCUGUGCACAAUGCAAACAAUGGAACAACCCCACUCAGUGCCAAAUCGGAGCCCUCAGGAGGACGGACUUCGUUAUCAAGUAGCUCAGCAGACUCUGUGAAACACAUGAGCAUCGUAGUAAGCAGUAUUGACUCUUCCGGUUUGUCUGUGCCCUCCCUCCUCCACCAUUCAGGGGACCACUCCCUAACAGCACACAACGCCGUGUCCUCUCUCCCCCUUUGCUUUGACAAAUCGGAAGGGAAGAAACGCAAAAACUCUAGUUCUAGUAGCAAAGCCUGUAAAAUCACUAAAAUGCCUGGUAUGAAUAGCGUCCACAAAAAGAGCACUGCCAACCUUAUUCCUACGGUGCCAGAUACUCCAAACAGCUCCAUCUCUCGGCAGGUAAGGGUUUCACGAGUCUGUCGGGUCUUGUUUCCAUGACUUGGCAGGAGCAAAGCAGUCUGGCGGGUGUAUUAGGAUGCCCACAGAGGUUAACCGCUGCGGGAGCACCCAAUCAGCCUCGUGCCCAAAUGUAAUGCACAACUCCAGCCACCCUCCGUCGGCCUGUGAGUGAGCAAUGAGGUUGAACAUAGGUUGCAUCUCCCGUUCCGCUCCUGGCUACAGAGGCAACUUCCUGGUUUCUUAUACCACGGUUACUCAACGGUCAGCCGCAAACAUUUCCCAGGAUAGCCUGACAUCUGCAUGAUACAUUACUGAAAAUGAGAGCCACAUGUUCCAUAUUGCUUUUAAAUGAGAGUAUGUUAAUAGGGAGUUAAAUAAUGGGUAAGCAAACUAAGGCCUGGGGGCCGGAUCCGGCCCAACCGCCUUCUAAAUCCGGCCCGCGGGUGGUCUGGGAAUCAGCAUGUUUUUACAUGAGUAGAAUGUGUCCUUUUAUUUAAAAUACAUCUCUGGGUUAUUUGUGGGGUCUGCCUGGUGUUUUUCCAUGAGUAGAAUGUGUGCUUUUAUUUAAAAUGCAUCUCUUGGUUAUUCCUGGGGCAUAGAAUUCGUUCAUCCCCCCCCCCAAAAAUAUUGUCCAGCCCCCCACAAGGUAUGAGGGACAGUGGACCAGCCCCCUGCUGAAAAAGUUUGCAAAAGAUUUUGAGAGCACGCUUGCUUUUAUGGCAGUUCUAUAUGGUUUCUGCAUCUUGCCUUCUGAAUACUGUUUGUACCUUACAGAUUGGAAAAAAUAGCAGUGUAGCUUUGUCUCAGUCCAGUCCUUCAAGUACACCGAACCCAGUGCACAACAAACAAGUGAGUUGCAGUUUACAAAUUUUCCUGAAGUGGUUAUAUAACCAGUUUGUUGACCAGUGAUUUUAAUAUAAACUACCGAAGCUGCACACGUUUAUUGCAUUAUAAUAAGUACUGUAAUGAUUUAAUGCAGGCUUCUGAAAAGCCACUCAUCUCAGUCUGGCAAGUCAGAAUUCUGCCUAGCCAACUGUCGGGAAGGUUCUGUAAACUGGAAGUAUGUUGGGUUUUGGGGUGAUACCUAGGACCUCUGGUUUGAGCAUGAAUUACUCAGUUUAGUGGGUUGCUGCAAAAUGUGGGGUUCGGGCUGCAAAAGGACUGCAAAACUUUGGCACCACUUUGGAGGGUCUCCCGAAUUUGGGGGUUUGUAGUUAAUUAAGUUCUUGUAGUGUAGCAAAAUGUUGCAUUGUUUUCAAUCAACUCUUAUCUUUCUUCCAGAAGACGUUAAACCGGACUGGUAGAAUAAGGACUCUUCCAUAACAAGGAAAGCAACCAGCCUAUAAUCUCUCUCGUCUUAGCAGCCCUACUCUGGUUUAUUAUUUUAUUUUCUGUCUCCUGCAGAUAAAAUUUACUUAAUAUUUUUGUGGUUUUUUAAAAAAAACAAAUGUUUUUAAAUCUACAUAAAACUGUGGCAUAUUUCAGUUCUUCAAUAUACAUCGGCCUCUGAUCUGUGCAAUCUGGUUUGAUUCGGAUUCAAGCUUUUAAAAGCAAAUUGUUGCAUUUCCCCCUUUUUGUUUCUUGCAACAAAUGACAGCAGUGAACAUUCCGAAAUAAUGCAAUGUGUGGUUAUAUUAUAUUUAAAACACCCCUUCAUUGUUUAAAAUUUACAGUAACUUCUGUAUUUAUUAUUUAUUAUUGUCCUAGUGCAUUUCUCAGCAGUAUCUAACAACUGUGUGGCCAGAAGUUUCACUGACGUUGUUCAGAGAUUUCAGUGUGCAGCACCUCUUGUUGAUUAUGGUAUUCCUAAUCUGCUCAAUGUACUGAAGGGUUUAUUCAAUUUGUUCCCAGUGAGAUUAAUAGGAGCGCCAUGUGACAAUUUCCUCACUUGUAGAUGGAGGGCCACAAAGAAUCUAUGCUACUGUUUUCCUUAAUGAAACAAUUUGUUCUUUGAAAAGACAGGAGCUGAGCAUACUGAAUUUGUAUCAGUUAGAAUUGCACUGACAAUGUUUUACAGGAAUUACUGCUUUUAAAAAAAAUAAAGGUAGAUUUUGAAAUCAGGAACUUAAUAAUACUAGGGUACUGCAAAAUUACUACAGAGCAGUUAAUUUUUAUUUCUACAGUGUUAAAAGUGCACUUAAAUGCUGGUUUAUUUACAUCUCAAGGGGGCAGGAAGCCGUUUACUUUUAGGGGGUGGAAGGCUUAAGGAAAUUUUUAAAGCUUAUACAAUGUUUAACAAUUGUAAACAUGGCUAGGCCCUUUGGGGGGAAAUUAGAAGAUAUUCUUAAAGUAAAAUUUUAUAGUGUUAAUUUUGUAAUUUAUGUUUUGCUAUAUUUGGGAAGUGACAGGAACAGUUUCAUGAACAAUAUGAAACUUAGGAAAGUUUUAAGCAAUGCUUAUAUUUUUCAUGUACUUUUGAGUUAUGGUUUUAUUGUACAUUUCUUCAGACUGAAAAAAGUGUACAUAUCUUUGUUAUUUUUGCACAAUUUUUGUCUUCAGUUGUAGGAACAGAGCCUUGUUGACUUCUUUUUUAAUAUAAAAAAAACUAAUUUAUUUUGUGUUGUAUAACUGCAGGAGUUUAAAAAUCUCAGUAAGAAAACACCAUCUGAUAAGUGAACUGCUGUUUUUUACUUUUAGAGGUGGAACAGGGGUGGCGAGAUUCAGUGGCUGCUUCUGAGAAUUAAUGUCACUCAGUGACCGAAGGAGCAAUUCAGUCGUGUUAAGAAUUCCUUAGCUCUUCACGUGCAUCUGUUAUGUAAGAAGCUGGACUGGGGAGUGUUCUUUGCUGCUUAUGUAUGUAUCCUUUUAUUUUCAGUGGCAUCGGUCUGAAAGCAUUUUGGAAACCAAGUAAAAACCUCAUACCUUUUUUAUCCCCUGCAUUUUUUUAAAAAAUCACCAAUUGAUUUUAUACGUGCUAAAAUGUCCAGCCUGAAAAGUGAAAUGCAGGUUUUUUUUUAAAAAAAAUGGAUUUGAACUGGACCAGCCUAUAAUGUAUUAUUAGUGUAGCAUUCAUUCAACAGUAGCUUUUCCUUUUUCCUUCCUCCCACCUUUGCCUGAAGACUUUGUGAUUCGUUUCCAGCAAUAGAGGCUCAGCAGCUUUGGUUGUUACACAUACGCAAUGCAUAGGCCCUUCAGCCAUAUUAAAAAAACAAAAGCGACUUGGAUAACUUGUAUGCCUUCUUUUGUAUCAAUGUUAACAAUUGUACAUAGUGCUGAUCAACCUUUGUAGAGAAUAGUUUAUACAGCAUAUUCUAUUACUGCUGAUUCUCAGUGAACUAUUGUUUGAAAAAAAGAAAAUUUUCUAUUUACACCUUAUAUUUUGUUAUGCUGUUGGCCCGUGGCACUUUAACAAAACUCUGUGGGUUUUGCAUAGCUGGUCAGUCAUGGGGAAUAUUAACUGUUGCACAGAAAUGACUUUGCACCUCCUGUAUUGUGCUUUCCUACUACAGAUUUUAGAAUCUUUUUCCAGAAGACUUUUGAAGAAAGCAUGUCCAAUCAUUCUAAAAGAAAAUGCCAUAUGUGUACAGUCAGUUUCUUUUCUACAAACCCAUAUUUUGUAACACUAAGUAUUUUCAUUCUUCGUUCUGCACCUUUUAUGUAUUAGCAGUAUCAGAAAGAGCCCAUUCCAUGCUUGUGAAAAUUGUGUCGGAAGUAAGGUGUAAAUAAUAAAACUUUAUGGCUUACAGUUUUGAAAAAAGAACAAACAUGUAUCUGACUGAUACUGCCACAGUUCAACACCAGGCCUGGAGAUAUUCUCUAGUGAGCGAUUGUAUUUCUUUUGUUUUGGGGUUACAUUUUGUUUUUGCUUUAUUAUUAUUAUUAUUUUUUGUAACAUGGCUUUGUAAAUAAAAUAAUUUAUAUGUUUGU